AUGAGCUGCGUCUACAAUACUUCGAUUCCGGCUGGUAAAGCGAUGAGACUGAAGUUUCAAAGUUUUGACCUGGCGUCAGAUUCGGAAUGCAGGUAGGAAUAAAUACUUUUUAUAUAAAUGACGACAGCCAAAUCCUGCUGUUUUAACCAAGACAAAAAUAUAGAAAUAAAUAAAAAAACAGCAAAGAGAAAAGCGACUUGAGUUUCCCCGAUAUUUCGGACCGACAAGCCCUCCUUCUUCAGGAGAUUUAAUGAAGAAUCAGAAAGUCGACUUUCCGAUUCUUCAUUAAAUCCGGUCCCCUGAAGAAGGAUGGCUUGUCCUUCCAAAAUGUCUGGAAAACUCAAGUCGCUCUUCUCUUUGCUGUUUUGUUGUUUAGGACUAAGUACGUUUCGAGUGUCUUUUCUGAACUUUAAUUUUGAGAUUGCGGGUCAAAAACUUGAAGGCGUACAAAAACAUUCUCAAAUAGCUUCUUGUAAGUUUAGUCCAAUCGAAUCUCACUUUCAUCAAGUAUACGUUUAGGUCAGCUACCGUCCCUUUAGCUCUGAUUGGUGGAUUUUUUAAUCAAUCUCGAGAAUCAGUCUGAUAAACCGUUAUUUUGGCAUCUAGCGAGGAGAAUGAGGGGGAGAGAUAUUUGUUGCUGUAAAGCAACUUGUAUUAAUAGAGAUUUUCUUGUAGGAUCGAUUAUUUGAAAAUAACGAAUGGCAUCACCGAAGUUCGAUACUGCGGUGACCAGCUCACUGGAACAGACCUUCUUGUAUCAGGAAACUACGUUGUAUUAACGUUCCACACGGACUGGCUGCUCGAGAACAAGACAGGAUUUGAAAUAUUCUUCGCUCAAGAAAUUUCUAGUAAGUAGGAAAAGCAAACAACUUUACGGUUAAGACUAUUUAUACGGGGAGAAAUAAGACUCGUCUUACAUAAGAUUUGUCCUAAAUAAGACGCGAAGUUUACCGUAUAAACCACACAUUUUGUCUGAAAUAAGAUAAGACCCGACUUAUCUAAGAAUAGCCUUUGACACCUGUUUUACUCUUGGCUAAGUAGCGUCUUAUUUCAGACGAGUUGUGCCGCCGUUUAUACGGUGAAGUUGGCGUCUUAUUGUGGACGCGUCUUUUCUUUCCUGGUAUAAAUGGCCCUAACUGUUCCACCUCUAAGAUUGAACGAAUCCGCUUCAUUCCGGCCGAGCAAUGGAUAACGAGGCACAUUCGCCCAGAAUGUUUCAAUCCAGUUUGUACCGGACACUGGAACUAAAAUCACGUACGCAAUUUUGAAAGCGGUUUUCAUCAAUCACAUCUCUAAGGCGUAGACCAUUUGACUUUUGAAUCUAUUUUACAAUUAUUGCAUUAUAAAACUGUUGCUUAAGGUGGCUCCGUAAUUAUAAUACUAGAGCAUUUUGCUCUGACAAAUUUUCCGUCAUAACUUUUUCGAUUUCAACGCGAUGGCUGCGAAACUUUGCAAAGAACAAGAGAUAUCAUUCGGCAAUAAUACGAAAUAUUCCGAUUUCAUUGAUGGUAAAUAUUUCUUGAGAAAUUAGCGCUUAAAAGGACCCUAAUGUUCAAAGAAAAUCAUGUCUAGUAAAAAAUUUUGCUGAUAUUUUUUACUGAAAUUUCUGGUAUCGGCUUCAAUUGAUAUAAUAAAUAUGUGAGAGGAAUUUCAGAAAAAUCGUUGGAGCAGAAGUCCGUAACUAAAAGUCGCUCAAAAUUCAACUGUGAAAUUGUUUUGGAAUUUCAAAAAUAAAUUACUAUCAGGUAGAAGGAGCCACCAGUUUGAAUUUUCGGGACAAGUAAAUUCAACGUUUGCCUAUCGUGCUAUUCUUUAAAAGGUACUGUUUAGUAUUAGAAGCACUACUAUAAAUUGCUCGAAACCUUGCUCUGAAGUACAAUUACUUGUUCUUCGACAGUUUUAAAAUAUCCCUUGGCAGUCUUGGCUCAAACUCCUGCUGCAUACAUUUUGAUGUAUUGCAAUGCAUUUUCAACGACUUUUACUGCUGUUCGUUGCUUCCAACUCAGGAAAAAGAGUAUUGAGAUUGGACGCUACCUCGUAUCAGAGCUCAGAUAGAACUGUCCAGCACCUUUGUUUAUGACUACAAAAUGAGCACGAGCGGCAGUUCUGCGAGGAAUUCGCACCUCACCCAGGGGGACGAACGACAAUGAUGACCAUGCCUGUGAACCAAAUAACAUCACAGUGCAAAUUAAAAUUAUCGCAAAAAUACUGCCCGUGAAUAAAUUUACAACUCUGAAUUUUUUGUCACUCCUUCCUUCAAUGAAUGGGUAUUUUUUUCUUGAUUAUUAUGUUUUGCUCUGCAAUACAUGUUUAUACAGAUCGGUUCACAGACAUGGGCAUCAUCGUCAUUCGUCCCCCCUGGCUGAGGUGCGAAUUCCUCGCAGAGCCGCUGCUCGUGCUCAUUUUCUGGUCAUAAACAAACGUGCUCGACAGUUCUGUCUGAGCUUCGAUACAAGGUAGCUUACAAUCCCAAUUCUCUAUUUUCGAAUUCCCCAUAAUACACUCUGUUUGCCCCCCAAAUUCUGCAUAAACCAUUGUUUUUAAAUGCUCCUGGGAGUAUUGCAUUUUCCCAAGAGCAUUUCAAGACAAUAAGUUAUGCAAAAUUUGGGGGGCAGACAGAGUGUAUUAUGGGGAAUUCGAAAAUAGUCAAUACCUUUUUCCUGAAUUGAAAACAACGUACAGCAGGAAAAGCCGUUGAGGAUGCAUUGCAAUACAUCAAAAUGUAUGUAGCAGGAGUUUGAGCCAAAACUGCCAAGGGAUAUUUUAAAAAUGUCGAAGAACAAGUAAUUCGACGUCAGAGCAAAGUUUAGAGCAAUUUAUAGUGCUUCUAAAACUGAAAAAUACCUUCUAAAGAAUAGCACGAUAGGCAAUCAGCUUCUGUUUUCAGAAUUAGCAAACACUGAAUUUACUUGUCCCGAAAAUUGAAACUGGUGUCUCCUUCUUCCUGAUAGUAAUUUAUUUUUGAAAUUCCAAAACAAUUUCACAGUUGAAUUUUGAGCGACUUUUAGUUACGGACUUCUGCUCCAACGAUUUUUCUGAAAUUCCUCUGACAUAUUUAUUAUAUCAAUUAAAGCCGAUACCAGAAAUUUCAGUAAAAAAUAUCAGCAAAAUUUUUUACUAGACGCGAUUUUCUUUGAACAUUAGGGUCGUUUUAAGCGCUAAUUUCUCAAGAAACAUUAUAAUUAAUAUUUCGUAUUAUUGCCGAAUGAUAUCUGUUGAUUUUCGCAAAGUUUCGGAGCCAUCGCGUUAAAAUCGAAAAAGUUAUGACGGUAAAUUUGUCACAGCUAAAUGCUCUUGUAUUAAUUACGGAGCCACCUUAAUUAGUUAAUUACUUACUUAGCUCUUUUUUAACCUCAUCCAAUAAUCCUCCCAGUUGGAUUUGCAGCCCUGCUGCACCGUUCCCCCUACAAUUUCCCAUCCCCCCCCGAUUCAUUAGUUACACCUAAGUCUAAACUGUAAUAUUUCUAAUAUAAAGUGAUUUGUUUAAUGCCAGUUUACUUGUAAGUAACCAUGCUGAGUUGGCUAAAACAGAUGCACUUGUAACAAGCUCAGUGUUCUAAAUUAUUUCCAAAACUUCGAGUGUAUAAUAUGAAAAUGUGGAGAAAAAAAAACAAUUUCGAUAUUAUAUUGCAAUUCAUACUUGUUUUAUUCAUGGCUAAGCCUCAUGGUGAUUUCUUUUGUUUUAUUCCCCUAAGCCUUGGAGCCAAGUAUGAAUUUUAAUAUACAAAAAUCGUUUUUGUUUUUUUUCAAGCGUGCCAGUUUAAGGGGGCAGUCUGUUUAAAAGCAUUGUUUUUUGUUGAUUUCCGCCCUUUUUUCUUUAAAUUUAAUAACUACAAUGUAGCCAGGAUUUCAUUGGAAAUCACAAAAUGACUCCAUGUAUCAAGUUGGUCAGGAGUCCUAUGGUGCAAUAUUUUCUUGAGAAUUUUUGGAUGAUUUUCCGAAUGUUUUUAAUGUUUGAAAAUGGGCGGGGGAUGUUUAAAUUUUGAAAAAAUUGGAAAAUAUUAGAUUUGGGGGUUAAAAUUUAAAAAAAGAAUAGAAUAAGUAGUAAAAAAAUAAAAGAUAGUCCACCACCACGACAAGGUGACUUUGAUCCCAUUAACGAACUAACUAGUUUAUGCCGUGUUCAUACUUUUUCUACCCUAGUUUAUUUCCUUCCCAAGUCAACGUAAUUUCCACUAAAAAAACAACCAGAAUGCCCCCUUUUACACAGUGCUAGUGCUGUAAAUUGCUUCUUGUACUCUGCUAGACCCGGGCCCAUUCCUUGGUCCUGAGGUGCUAGAGGGAUAUUUUAGUGGAUGAACAGAAAUCUUCCUAGCAUGAGCGCUGAAUGUUUCUAAGCCUGAUCUUUUGCAGCUCAUUGAUGUUAAUAGCUCCAGAGAUCUUUCCUAAAUUAUAUUGCAUCCCCUUACUUAUGAGUGCCAACUCAUCAACAAUGACUGGCACAAUCUCACUCUCCGUAUUUGCGUGAUUUUGAUCUCAAGGUCUUUGUAUUUCGAGAUCUUUUCAGUGACCUUUGUCGAGGUGUUUUGGUCGGAUGAUACGGACGCAUCGCUUAGCUUGCAACAUCGGCUGGCGUGGUCCUUGAUCACUACCAUAGUUAGUAGAGGGGACUACUACUAACUAUGUCACUACCUAUAUCAGGCAUGUUCGCUGACAACUCUCCAUCCUUACAUAUAACAAUUAUUCACCGAAGUCACCGACACUGAGGUGAAUGAUUGUUUUAAUAUAUACUAAAACAGUGACAUAAUUGAGCACAAAAAUGAUGAUUUUCAACUCAUUUAAUGUUGCCAACGAUCACAAUUUUGCCGCGCAAUGGCAGAACGGCCGCAGCCGUCGCUUUUUCUUGCCGACAAAUAACAUUUUUGAAGGCAUUAGUUUAGCUCUUGCAGGGAAAUUUCUUUAUUUUUAAUAACAGGUAAAGCUUUGUCUUUAUGACUUCAAUUUUUCGAUGAAACCGGUGAAGAAGUUUUUUGUUUACAAGUGCAAAUUAGGCUUAAGUCUUGCGUUACUUUAUUUAGUUGACUUGUUCAUAAAUAAGCUUAAAACUAAAUUUAAUAAUCUUUUUACAGAAUGAAUCACAACUCCUUUUACUAAUAAGCUUAAUUUUCAUUUGUAAACAAAAAACUUCUUCACUGGUUUCAGGUCAAAAAGACAAAGCUUUACCUGGUAAAACGUCCAAACCGAACUUCGUGUAUUUCGGGAACAGCUGGCUUGAUUAUUUGUGAAAUUUCUCUGUUUGAUACGGCAGCAAACCGGGAAGCAAUUUUGCUUGUAACUUACGCGAGUUUGGUGUCGCUCGCUCGGAGGAACUGGAGGUGAAUCAGUGAAUAGCGUUGGAUAUUGAUUGAAUACCCAAAUAGAGCGCGCGAAAAACACUAUCCACUGUUUUAGUAUACACCUAUUGCAAUUGACCACUCCAGAAAAUACCAUAACAAACCAUAAUGCUCUUUGUUUGUCACCUCAAAAUUUUACAUAAGCAUUGUCCUCAGUUUCUCUUGGGAGUUAAAAUGACCCCAAGGGAACUUAAAACAAUGCUUAUGCAAAAUUUUGGGGUGACAAACAAAGAGCAUUAUGCAUGACAGGACGCAAAGAGCCUCGACUGUAAGUACCGCAUACGAAUCCUUAGUACAUUGUACUAGCAUUCCUAACAUAGCUUCACCUAAGUCGCGCUGGCUUUUCUUCCCCCAGAGACCAGUGAAGUGUCUUAAUCCAUUAUUAUGUCAAGAAUGACGUCAAUACAUUGAAAACAAACCAGAAAAUGCCCGUAGGAAAACGUGACAUAAUUACUUUCUGUUAUUUUUUUAAAAAAGACUUGAGUAGAAGAAAACGUCGACUGAAUAUGAUCCGCAAAAACUCUUUUAAGAGUCUUUGUUUGAGUGUUGCCUUUGAAAACAUUAAACUGUAUUCAAACUAAGACCCAGUGGUUCAUUCAAUAAACAUAAAGUAAAACCGCAGUGAAAAUAAAGCCUGAAUAAAGCAGUCUUUGUAAAACAAAACAUUUUUGAUAGGCGAGAUUGUCAGAGAUGAGGAAAUCACGGGGAAAUCAUCAGAGUAGAAAAUUUUGACAAGCUUUUUGAAUCGGCGUAAUGCGUAUUUUGCUUUAAUACGACAGACCGUAGUAGACUGCUAAAAGCAAGCAGAGCGUAAUUAGUACAUAUUUCAAUACGCAGAGCUAGGUAAGGAUAUUUUGAAAGCGCGUAUUUCGAAAUCCGUAAUUAAUUUAUUCGGCGCGCGUUAGUAUCAUCUAAGUGCCCGUCUGGGGACUCCAGGCUCUCCUUUGCGAUCCUUCAAAAGACACUCGUCUCUCUCUUGUUAAAAACAAUCUAAGGAGGUCUUGAAACUGACUGCAAUAAAUUAAAUAAUUUCUUUCUCUUCACUAUCAAUUGUUCUGUUAUUACUGAGUUAUAUUGUAACUACCAUAAAUUAACUGUAUUCGAUUUUGAACACACUCUCUUAAACUGUUUGCAAAGGGGACUGUUCUCUUGCAACCCUUCGCGAAGGGCUACCGAUGCAUAAAACCCUAAACACACGCUACUCUUAAAAUAAAAAUUCUACUUUCAUCAUUGUUUAUACGUAAGAUGUAAGGGACUCUAUUCCGCUCACCUAUUUAUUAUUCUUCCAUAAAAACCCGGCAUGAAAAUCGCGCGAGUCAGUAAUAAUACAUUAAAAUUCCUGACGCGCCAGUUUCCACAAGUAAGAAAAUUAAAAGGAGUUAGUUUAAACUAGCAACAUGAGUAAAAUAUGUUACAUUGAACUGUAUGGGACGCGCCGUCCGCCAGUUCGAAAAAAGAAGUUAGUUUUAAACCAGAAACAGAAUUAGGAUAUGUUACAUCGAACUGUAUGAGACGCGCCGUCCGCCAGUUCGAAAAAGAAGUUGGUUUUUAACUAGGAAAAGGGGUACAAAAUGUUACAUCGAACUGUAUGGGGCGCACAGUCCGCCAGUUCGAAAAAAAGUUAGUUUUGAACUAGGAACAGGGUAGAAAAUGUUAUUUCGAAUUGUAUGGGACGCGCCGUCUUCCAGUUUGUAAAAGAAGUCAGUUUUAAACUAGGUAGGAUUUGUUACAUCGAACUGUAUGGGACGCGCCGUCCGCCAGUUCGAAAAAGAAGCCAGUUUUAAACUAGGUAGGAUUUGUUACAUCGAACUGUAUGGGACGCGCCGUCCGCCAGUUCGAGAAGGAAGCUUGUCUUAGUCUAGGAACAGAAGUAGAAUAUGAAAGUGAAGAAUGAUCAUCGCAGUGAAUUUUCCUACUUAAGCAAUUGGAAAGAAGAAGCCUGAAAAAAAUCAGGGCUUCAACGGGAUUCGAACCCGUGACCUCCGCGUUGCCGGUGCGUUGCUCUACCAACUGAGCUAUGAGGCCACACAUUGGGAGCGAGGUCAAUUUAUUGAGUUCAUAUCUCCCGUGAGGAGUGAAAUGAUGUGAAGUAUAUGAAAUAAUUCAUAUUCGAACUGCGGUUGUAGAUGAAAGUGAAGAAUGAUCAUCGCGGUGAAUUUUCCAAUUUAAGCAAUUGGAAAGAAGAAGCCUGAAAAAAAUCAGGGCUUCAACGGGAUUCGAACCCGUGACCUCCGCGUUGCCGGUGCGUUGCUCUACCAACUGAGCUAUGAAGCCACACAUUGGGAGCGAGGUCAAUUUAUUGAGUUCAUAUCUCCCGUAAGGAGUAGAAUAUGUUGCAUUGAACUGUAUGAGAUACGCCGUCCGCCAGUUUGAAAAAAGAAGUUAGUUUUAAACCAGAAACAGAAUUAGGAUAUGUUAAAUCGAACUGUAUGGGACGCACCGUCCGCCAGUUCGAGAAAGAAGCUAGUAUUAGACUAGGAACAGAAGUAGAAUAUGUUGCAUGGAACUGUAUGGGACGCGCCGUCCGUCAGUUCGAAAAAGAAGUUAGUUUUAGACCAGAAAAAGGAGAAGUACUUUCUAACUGUCACUUUAAAAAAAAACUUGUGAUCGCCUUGCGCUUCAAAAAAUGGCCACAGCCGUCUCUGUCGAGUCUCGCGCCCAAAAUCAAAGCUUUGUGUUCAUUGAAAAUUAACUUAGGGCUGGGGCUUAAGCCGGUUCAAAACUAGAAGAGUAUUUUUGUUAGGAUUGAAGAGGUCUGGCUUUCCGCGCAAAAUACAUAAGCACAGGAGGACAAGAACAUGUUGCGAUCUAGCACCUCUCCCAUAGCUUAAACAUUCUUCACGUUUGUGUGUCAACAUUCUAGCUCAUUCUCUUGAUUUGGCCAAAUUUUCUCACGUCAAAAUAUUAAAAUGUUAAAUGACAAUGAUUUUUCUCUCAUGAGGUUAAUAACAUAGGAAAAAAUAAUGUGUUAUUCAGCUCUAGAGCAUUUGUUAUGUCUGGCAGCUCAAAAUUCAUGGGAAUCGUCGAGGCCAAACAAAUGAACCAUUGAACAAGGCGCCGUCCUUAAAAAUAUAUCACACUUAACAAGGCGAAGAAAACUUUAUCGAAUGUUACCGAAUCUGCGAAAAAGCGAAUCGAAUUUAUGGAGUCAUACAAUUACUGAGCACAAGCUAGCGUUAUAUCAUAAUAAAUUCGUAGCGAUACUAAAUUUCUUUACUGUGGAACGGUUGUUUUCGCCGAGAAACUAAUUAGAAAUUUCAAUUCUUACGUCAGAGAAAUCGUUCUUUUUACCUUCCUUUCGCUAACAAUGAGAAAAAUCCAGCUUCUUUCCUUGAUAUUAGGCCGCAUGUAUUAGUUGUAGCCGAGUGUGAACAUCCACCACACGUUCUGAUCUAUUCUCACUACGUCGUCCAAAUAUAAACAAUUCCCGAAAAAAAGUAGCGACGAGGAGGUGAAAUGCUAGAUCCACCCCAAGGUAAUGUACUCCAGUAACAAUGCAGGCGUUGUGGGGAACCGAGUGAUUUUAGGUACUUUAAAAGCGCGCAAACAAAAUUAUUCUGGGGCGAAAUGAAGAUUAUCUUGCAAUGUAUGCUGACAUUUAACACAUUGAAAAGUCUCGCCAUGACACAGAAAUGUUAGCACUUUCGAGGAGUGUGAAAUAUUAAAUGCGAUUAAGUGCCCACAAAGCUUAUAACACUGCAUGGUGCUGUACUUCCAUUAUUUUGCGUCCUCUCAUGAUGUUAUGGUAUUUUCUGGAGUGGGCAAUUAAGGUUGAUUCUGAGAAGAAUUAUGCAUGAUCUACGUUUCAUAGCCCGCGGUGCAUUAUUGUAGCAAGUCUAGUAAAUUCUGUGCGCGUAACGGGCCUAGAAACCUGGAAAGCAAACGCUGCUGACGCUUCUAUGCUAUGUCAGCAGAACGUUAAGACAAUGUAUUUCAAAACACUAAAUCCUAGGCUCUUUAAUUUAAGACAGGGAUUUAAGGUUAGGUUUUUCUCUGUGGUAAUAUGCAAAUGCUGCAAAUUUUCAACGAGUUUGCUUGGCUCGUGCACGUGGGAAUUUUGGAUGGAGUUGAAAAAAUUAAAUUCAAGGCGUUUGUUGAACAACAAUAAAUAACUUAAUAUUACGUGUUUAUCUAUUUUUGAGACAACUUUUUUAAAACUGAAUAAAAAAAAAGAAUAUCGUUGAUUUGCUUUAUUGAAAUAACCAGCAUUCUAGCCCAUGCAAAAACGCAUCUUAAUCAGGCGGUAAAAUCCUAUUCAUUUGAUGUUGUUAAACGAAGAGGCUUCUAAUUUUUUACUAUGAGAUUUUAAAAAUGAAAUUUUUCAGCACGCUCACGCUGAAGAAUUUUAGCUGCCAUUUGACUUAAAAGCUCUCUUGAACGCCUUUUCACAAAUGGUCUCCAUUAUUUCAAUGAACGUGAACAAGACUAAACUUCUCACGACAAAAGGGUUUACCAUGGUGCACUGCAGGCUAUCAUGGUUCACGGGAGCAACCUUAAUUUAAAUAGGUGUAUACUAAAUCUGUGUAUUCCAAAGGAUUGUAACUUAUUCAAUUUCGGUGACCGUGUCAGGCUUGUAUUGAUAGCACCUCUUCGGUACUUCGAUUUUGUAAAUGCUGACACUCCUUUCAAUGGAUAAAUGCAGCUGCCUCAUUAAUAUUGUAACUCACUAAAAAUUCAGUUUUGGAAGUUCGGGACAUCCAGUGUAUGAUCUACCGUUUCUUCUUGCUUGUUACAUAUUCUGCGUAGACUUAGGUGUCAUAUCCUUCACAUAUUCUUGUGAAGUGAGACUUGGUAGGGAGGUUCUUGUCCUGGGCUACAUUUAUCAGACCCUCUGUCUCAGCUUUCAGUCUUGUACUUCUGAGCCACUGGUAGGUUUUGCAAUCACCAAUAGCGCUGCGCACAGAUGACGUCACAAAAACGUGACCCCCACCGAGACUCAGACAAACAUUGGCCAUUUCUACCAGAGGUAGCAACAACGCUGUAUGGAAAAGGACAGUUUGCGAUCAGUUCUGCUCGCCGUUUUAGCGUUUUUAGGAGCGUUCCAGUUUAAUUUGGAAUUCGAGGAACGUCCAGGAAAAAAUAUUGUAGAACAAAUCGAAACAUUGCUCAAGUGCAAGGGAUUGAAGCAGAGCGGAAAAUGAGAGAACUUUUAAACGCCGUGUCUCGAUACUAUUUGCAGCCUAGCCGGUAAAAUGUUUUCAAAGAAUUCUCAUCAAAUUCUGUGAUAAUUGUUUAGAAAUGUCGAUUUCUGUGCCGAAGUAGAAACACUCGUAAUCGUAUAAGAUAUUCGAUAAGUUCAGAUUUUCGUGAAAAACAGAGAGACCUUCGAAGUUUUCAUUUAGGCUGCUGCGCUGUUCCGGACCACAGUAUUCUGAAAACCAUCCGCGCGAUUCGAGAUCCGAAUACACCGCAAGCUCAGGGAAUUCGUUCACUACAAGACCAAACCUGUUUUAGAAUUGCUUGGCGUUUGCGAACAAACAUCAACUGUUUCUGGGAGGUUUCGAUGAUAAUUUUUCGGGAUAUCCUGAAAACUGACUCAGAGUGUCAUGCCACCGAAAACAAGGAGAAUCACAAAAUGCGCAAGGUCGACGAUUGAGUCUACCUCCAGCCAAGGGCAAUGUUUGAAAUCGCUUGAGAUUUCUAAAGAAGCAGUUAAUGUUUUUAGAAGAAUUAAAUCGGGGAAUUCGUGAAAAUGGAAUAAUGUAUCUACUAGCCUCCCAAGCAGACAUUCUUAGGGGUUCGUCACGCGUGUCUGCCCCACCGUGGGGCAGGAACGCGUGACCAACCCCGGCCCUAAGAACGUCUGUGUGGGAGGCUAUGUAUUUACCUCUUUCAAAACAUUUCCCGGCUGCCUGAUCACUGCUACAAAACACAGCUACUUCGCUUUCUUUCCGGAUUUCUCGCAUUUAUUUAGUGACUCAGACCACAGGGAUCCUCGAGUCCCUCUCACAUUCUUCCCAGCUGCAACGCUUGUUGUUUACGAUAUCCCCAUAAAAAAACGCGAAAAAAACAAUGUUUUGACUCAACACUCGGUAAAGGCGCAUACAAAGCCUUUGAGUGAGAAGCAAAAUUUGUCUGAGUCAAGCAGGGGGUCUUAUCAGACGUAGACUUUUAUUUCUGUGCGCAGCGCUAUUACGGCACAUCCUCGAAUAAGCGCCAGGGCGCUUAAUUAAAAAUUUCUGCUAAAAGGAGGACUGCCUAUUGUAAGGAGGACUGUACACUACCGCAAAUGAUCCCCAACCGCAAAUGAUCCCCAAAAUGGACCGCAAAUGAUCCUCGACCGCAAGUGAUCCUUAAAGUCAACGGCAAAUGAUCCCCAAAGAAAAAUAGGAAUGGCUUGCAGUCAAGUUAGCGGGUGAUCGUGUCAAUUUUAUUAUUAUUACAAAACGUCAGAUUUAAAGCGAACUUUUACUUCUCAAAUAAAUACAUGAAUAAAAACUAUAUGAAAAAAAUCAUUCAAGUGUAAACAGGCAACACACGUUUUGCCAGAAUGCUGCUUGUUCCAAUGAAUUUUUUCUCCGGUGGGUAGAUUAUGCUCUGGAGGAAAACGUUUUGGCUGAGCAAGUGUGAUCUUUGCCGCUUAUAUUUCAUACUGAGAGGUCAUGACACACAUAUUGAUUUUCUUCGGUUAUUGUUUCUGGACGGCAUGAUUGCCCUUUGGUGCAAGAGCAUUUCCUUUGACCUCUUUUGAAAUGCAAUGCUCUUCCUUGCCGCUAAAUAAGGGUUUUAGGUUGUUUAAUUGUUUUCCAAAGUGCCUCUUAGAUCCGAAUAAUUAUAAGCAAUUUUCUUUUAGUCCGUGAAUGUGACGGUUUCCUACGAUGUUUUGUCACGCGAUAAUUACCGCUUUAAUUCCUCGCUUUUUCAUUUCCAGCUUUAGAUUCCUGGUAACUGUCUCCAGCAAAGGCACAACAGAUGAAUAUACAUAUAAGCGUCAAUAUAACUAUUCGCAACAUCUUCAUUAGCUGUAAUCGAGUUGCUAUUUCGAAUUAUAAAAUAACUAAAGAUAGUACGCGCCUUCUCAUUGGUUAGAAACCUAUGGGUUUAUUGUGCUGGUAAACUUAUAGUUUACUUAAAGUUACUUAUAAAAGCAAUAGACCACACUUUCUAUGGGUUUACCAGCGUGAUAACCCACGCGGGAUGUUGGGAGAACGCAAGAAAAGCUUGUAAAUCACGAGCCAAAGGGCUAUGAUGAUGAUGAUGAUACCUUUAUUAAAGUGUCAAAACUGUAAUAGCGGUGUAUAACCACUAACUGGGGACACUAAAAUAAAUUAAAAAAGAAUAAAUCAAUUAAUAAAUUAAUUAAAAAUGAAAAAAAAAAAAAAGAAUAUAAGAAUUAAGAAAUUAAGAAAAACUAUGUACAGUAUAAGCAAGUGAGAAAACCGGUAAACGCCUUUUGAAUUUUCAUGUAGAUAGGGCUCUGCCGCCUCAUUCGGAUGCUCGUAUGCUAGCAAACGAGAUGGGGGAGUAUUUUGUUCACAAAAUCACGGCUAUUCGGUCUGCGCUGGAUGCGGAUGCCAGUGGCGCAACUUCGCUUGCCACAUUAGCCUCAACGUGUAGUGAGUUUUCUGAAUUUUCUCCACUGUCUGAGGAGAGUGUACGGAGAAUUGCUGCCUCAUGUGCAAAGUCGUGCGCCUUUGAUCCCCUACCAUCGUCUAUUCUGUCCUUCUGUUUGGAUGAACUGCUCCCUGUGAUUAGGAAAAUUGUCAACUUGUCUCUUGAGUCUGGCGUCUUUGCAGAGGACUGCAAGAAUGCUUUAGUUCACCCUUUGCUUAAGAAAGCAGGACUCAAACCUAUUAACAAAAAUUUUCGACCGGUGAGCAACUGGCAGGUUACAUCAAAGAUUACGGAAAAGUCCGUGGCUAUCCAAUUACAAGAUCAUAUGACAGCCAACAACUUAUUUCCUGUCUUCCAAAGCGCAUACCGGCAGAAUCACAGCACUGAGACGGCGUUAUUAAAAGUUAAAAACGAUCUUCUGCUAAAUAUGGACAAAGGUCACGUCACAUUGCUUGUUAUGUUAGAUCUCAGCGCUGCGUUUGAUACCGUAGAUCACGGUAUUCUUCUGCACAGGCUGUAGUCCAAGCUCGGCCUUCGGGAUAAGGCUUUAUUACGGUUUAAAUCUUAUUUGGCGGGAAGAACGCAGCAGGUCUCAGUUAACGGAUGGCUCUCUGAUAAAUUUAACCUGACUUGCGAGGUCCCACAAUGUUCUUGUUUGGGUCCCCUCUUAUUUACUAUCUACGCGAGUUCGCCAUCAUCUGCCAUCCGUUCACACCUAUGCGGACGAUACGCAGCUAUAUAUAUCGUUUAAUCCCGUUGAUAAGACCAGCGAGGCUGAUGCUGUGAUUGCGAUUGAGAACUGUAUUCGUGACGUUAAUGUAUUGUAAUGUAUUCGUGACGUUAAUUCGUAAGUUAAUGCUAAAUGACGAUAAAACUGAGUUCUUGAUCAUUGGCUCGGAACGACAGUUAUCAAAGGUGUCCGUUGACAAGAUCAAGAUCAGCCAAGCUGAGGUAUCGCCUGCCUCUUCAGUGCGCAAUUUGGGCACCUGGUUCGAUUCUCAUCUGGACAUGUCGACUCAUGUGUCUAAGACUUGUGCUAGAGCGUUUUAUUAUUUGUACAAUAUCCGGCACAUUAGGAAGUAUUUAUCUCGUGAGUCCACCGAGAGGCUUGUUCACGCGUUCAUCACAAGCAGGCUUGACUACUGUAAUGGUUUAUUGUACGGUGCUCCUGAGUAUCAAAUUAAGAAACUUCAAAGAGUCAUGAAUGCCAGUGCUCGAUUGGUUUACUGCGCACCUAAUUAUUGUCACGUCACUCCUUUGCUAAGAGAACUCCACUGGCUACCAGUCCGCUUGCGCGUAGAUUUUAAGAUUCUCCUCGUUACAUUUAAGAUUCUUCUCGGUGUUGCGCCUAGCUAUCUUAAGGAUCUUGUCUCUGUCUUACCGGACUCACGUUACCAACUACGCCGGAACAAUAAUGGUAUAUUGUUAGAAAGACCUCGGCUAAGAACGAAGAAGACUUUGGGAGAUCGCGCGUUAUCGAUGGCUGCCCCCUUUUUCAUGCAACAGUCUUCCUCUGCCAAUAAGACAGGAAACAUCAAUCGACUCUUUUAAACGCUCUGUUAAAACAUUUAUUUAAGAAGGCUUUUAGUUAGAUUUUUUAUUUAUUUAUUUAUUUAUUUUUAAAUAUUGUAAUUUUACCGGGUAAUUUUACUGGCUUUUAAUUUAGUUAUUAAUAAUAUUGUAAUGCGCUUUUGAGUAUUUUUAUAGAAAAAGCGCAAUAUAAGUAUUAAAUAUUAUUACUAUUAUUAUUAUUAUUAAAUUCGAGAGAACUAUAUACAAUAUGUACAAAUGUAUCCAAAAAAUAAGAAAUAAAAAAUUAAGAAGUGCAAAGAGAGCAGUUAGAGCAGUUAUUGUCAUCUAAUAGCAUGCUAAGAUUCACUUUUCUGAUGUUAUACUUGAAGGAGGACAACGUGAAAGCUUUUUUCACGUUACUAGGGACAGAACUCCAUACCUUAGGGCCCAUAUACCUGAGCGAGUGUUUUCCAAAGGAGACUGUGUUGAAUCUGGGUAUAGUGAAGUCAUGAUUGCGCAGUUUAUACUUAAUUGCGGGCUGUUCAAAGAGAGUGCUAAUGUAUGUUGGGCACAUGUUGUUUUUAACUUUAUACAUAAGAAUAGCUAUGUCCUGUAGUCGCCGGUUGUGUAGAGUAGAUAGCCCGGCCAUAGAUAGUAAUUGACCAUAGGACGAAUGUUUAUCACAAUAUAUAGCCCUAAGUGCUCUUUCCUGGAUACGCUCUAGUCGUCUAGAAUCACUAGCACGGCAAAAAUGCCAUAUAAGAUGACAGUAGGUUAAAUACGGGAGAACAGCUGCCUCAUAUAACUGUAACUUAGUUUGUGUGGGUAUAAGGUUCCUAAGCCUGAUGAGAACGCCUACCCGCUGGGCGCUCUUCUUAGAGAUACUACUUAUAUGUUCAUCAAAACGAAGAUUGUUAUCAAUACAGACACCUAAUAGCUUGAGACAUUUAGUGGAUCUGACUUCAUGAUUGUCAAUCAUAAUACUGUCCAUAGACUUCCUUCCGCAACCAAGUGCCAUUGUCUGGUACUUGUCCAAAUUUCCCUUUAGUAAAUUAGCUCUGUACCAUGAAGAUGCUGACUCAGCGCAAACAGCAAGAUCAUCAUACACAUCAGAGAGGGUGCUGCGAACGACAUAAAACUGGUGGUCAUCUGCAUACAUAUUCAUGUUCGCAUCAACAGUAUAAGUCAAAUCAUUUUGGAAGAUGUUCCAGAUGAGAGGUCCAAAUGCAGAACCCUGUGGGCAUCCCCUGGUCACCCUCUGUCACUCGCUCACUACAGAUCCCAGCUUGACCCUGUUAUAACGGUCUGUGAAGUAGGAGCCCAUCAAUCGCAGACUUCUUUCCUCAACACCAUAAGCUUUAAGUUUUGCAAGUGUAAGUGGAUGGUAAAGUGAAUCGAAGGCUUUGCUCAUGUCCGUUGAGAGAACACCCACAACGUUAUGCUCAUCCAGAGCCAAUUUCCAAUUCUCAGUCAAAGACAAGAGAGCUGUCUCACAGCUAUUGUUUUUCCUGUUAAGCUGUCAGGCUAUUGCUUAAAAACUGAAACCUGUGCAUAUUGAUAAGUUCGGGGGCAUUUUGACGUUUGGUUGAUUUUAAAUCAUGUCUUUUUUCGUAACGGGCACCUAGGUUACGAACAAAUGUCUCGCUCUUGAUCACGUAAAAUAAUAGACCACGAUUAGUCCUCAUUUUCCUCAGGGAUAGUAGAGCGAGCGCGCGUGACUAAUUUCCCUGAGGAAGAAUGGGGACUACAUACUAUGGAAGGCCAAAUGGUGCAAAAUUUGAUCACAUGCAAGGAUAACGAUCACAUUCAACGAUCACAUUCGCAUUCAAGACAUGAAAAUUAAUCAAAUUCAACAGGCAUCUCGAUCAUUUUUAAGGUCAUACAUCACAUUUAACAUGAACAUUGCAGACAUUCACAUUCAACACAUCGAAAAUUAAUCAAGUUCAACAAGCAUCUCGAUCACAUCCAAAAUUCAACAAACAAAUUCAAUUUCAUCAUAUGAAAACCAACGAUGACAUUCAACAAAUAUCUUGAUCAUAUUUAAGGUCACAUAUCACCAUCAAGGUAGCCUGUGUGCAGCCGCCCCAUCCGCUAAAAGAAAUUGAGGGGUAUCUUCAAACAGCACUCUGAGCAUUCACAUUGAAUAAUGAAUUUUUUUUAAUGUAAACAAAUCCCAAUAUGCUUUGCGCUGGUGUCGACGUAGCCCCUGAGUGCAUGCUGGGAAAUAUCAAUUGCAAGUGCAAAGAGAAGCUUCGCAGUCCAUUUCCCUCGGCAUGGACAGUGAUCAUGAUGAAUAUGCGGAAUGGAUGAGAGUGUUUGAGUCGAUUGUUCAACUCUUAGACGACUAUAAGCAAUAUAGGCAAAAUACAGCCAACGUAUCCACUCGAGAGAAUAUAGCAAUCAGGAUGGAGUCAGUGUUGCCGACUCAAACGUCAGAGAGGUAGUAGACCUAGAGUGGUAUGGGUUUGACCCAUACGCACCUAGACCACAUGAUGAUGGUCUAUAAACUGUUGAAUUAGACGAUGUUGAUAUAGACAAUGAGGACGAUGUCAUCACUAUUUUAAGAAAUAGCAUUGAUCCCCUUGCAGUUUCGAACAGUUUUGGAAUUGAUUUGUACAUGAAGGCCCUUUCACUUUUCACAACGUAGUGUUCAAGGCAUUGGUGUGCUUAUUUAUGUUUGAAAGAAUGAAGCAAUUUAUAAAUUACCCUCUUCAAAAUAUCUAGGGGUUUGGCCUGAGUAAUCCAGUAGAGUCGCAAUUUUGUAAAUCUAACUAGUUUGGGAUAACUUUGGCAGUCAAGAUGUAGCCAGAAUUUGUUUCACUGUUAAAAGAAACUAGAUGUCAAAGAAGUUUCAAAUUCCAGGGCUUGACACUCGUUUUAUCAUGAGAUCAAAGGAUCCAGUCUCAGUGCCAGAGACACAAAAGUUAAAAGUGCAUUAUGUAAUCUCUUGUAAACUAUUUAAACUUUUAGUUUAUUAGAGCUUUUUUUUUCUCUUAAUAUCAAGUAACAUUUAACAUUUGGGAUUGAACAGGAACAAAGCACUAUGUAUCUAAAACAAUCAGUUGCCUUUCUCACCAAACUUCAACUUAAACAACAUUAAAAUAUUAUUUCAGUCAUAAUUAUUUGUAUAUCAUUUGUUAUUUUAAUCAUUUCACCCCCAGAAAUGGCAGGAGCCAGUAUUUGACAAAAAUUCCAAAUUUGUUUUGUAUAAUUAUAUUAUGCUGGAGAACAGACAGUCUUAUGUGAAAAUACUGCUUAAGAUAAUAAUGGUCACAUCACAUGAUUUCAUCCACAAACUCAAAAUGUUAGAGCCACCUUCCGUCACUCAGGGAGUGAAAUGAUUAACAUAUUUUGUUUUCAUUUACUCAAUGGGACUGGACAGGAACUAAACAGUAAUGCAUCUAAAAUAUUGAACUCCCAACACUGUAUCUUGCCAAAAUAAAAGCAUUAUUAUAAAUGUCAAGACAAUAAUGGUGACUUUACUACAUUACAUUGUCUUGUAUUAAUUCUAUUUUAAGUAAUGGUAUGUCAAGUAUGACAGAGUACAAUGCACAUAUAAAUGUUUGGCAUCCACUUUGGGCCUGUUUGGGCCUGUGUCCUUACUAAAAACAGGUCAACCUAUACAAGAGGGACAACUUUGUUUUAAUCUUCACCCCCUCAUCUUCCUCGCCAACAGCAACAACAACAACAACAACAACAACAUCAAGUAAAAAAGGCUCUUAGAAAGAGAGAUUUGCAAUGUAAUAAAAAUGUCCACUAGACACGAUGCUAUAAAGUUGUUGACACAAUAGCAUCCCUGAAAGUGAUGUUAUUUCAAUUCACCACUAAACAAUUUUUACCACUAUGGCAGCCAAAAUGAAUAAUUAAAUUUUAAAGGACUGUUAUGAGAUAAAAAGGAUGCACAGGUGCUUUAAUUUUCUGAAACCGUGCUAAUUUCUUGACAAAUUCCUGAAAAUUUUGUUUGAAAUAGGAUUCCAAUGAGAAAAUUCAAUUUUGGGUGUAAAAAUGAUUGUCUGUCUAUUUGAAAGUAGAUGAUAAUCUACCAUAACUCUACCCUGCUAGCAGAGUCACUUCGAUCUUUCCUAGAUGAGUCGAAGGAGACUCUGUUCGCAGGGUACCAUAACUCUUGUUUUCCAGGAAACAGGCAGUAUCCAAAUAGACACAAAGAUUGCCGUUAGAAUCCUUUUCGAAUACAGCAAAAAAGAUGCAUUCUUGAGAAAACCAGACACUCGCCGGUUGUGUAGAGUAGAUAGCCCGGCCAUAGAUAGUAAUUGACCAUAGGACGAAUGUUUAUCACAAUAUAUAGCCCUAAGUGCUCUUUCCUGGAUACGCUCUAGUCGUCUAGAAUCACUAGCACGGCAAAAAUGCCAUAUAAGAUGACAGUAGGUUAAAUACGGGAGAACAGCUGCCUCAUAUAACUGUAACUUAGUUUGUGUGGGUAUAAGGUUCCUAAGCCUGAUGAGAACGCCUACCCGCUGGGCGCUCUUCUUAGAGAUACUACUUAUAUGUUCAUCAAAACGAAGAUUGUUAUCAAUACAGACACCUAAUAGCUUGAGACAUUUAGUGGAUCUGACUUCAUGAUUGUCAAUCAUAAUACUGUCCAUAGACUUCCUUCCGCAACCAAGUGCCAUUGUCUGGUACUUGUCCAAAUUUCCCUUUAGUAAAUUAGCUCUGUACCAUGAAGAUGCUGACUCAGCGCAAACAGCAAGAUCAUCAUUUGUCACUUCGAUCUUUCCUAGAUGAGUCGAAGGAGACUCUGUUCGCAGGGUACCAUAACUCUUGUUUUCCAGGAAACAGGCAGUACCCAAAUAGACACAAAGAUUGCCGUUAGAAUCCUUUUCGAAUACAGCAAAAAAGAUGCAUUCUUGAGAAAACCAGACACUUGUUGUGUGCCCUCUAGGCAUCACGUAACAGCCUCUAAGACUAAGUUAUUCCACUUGGUCACUGUAUUGGUAAAAAGGUCUACUGUCCUCUUUGUGUUACACUUACUAAAAAAGGUUCUUACAUUGUCACUGAAUUGAAGGGCUAAGUGCACAACAGAACUUUUCAGGCUAUUUUUUUCCUUUUCUUUCAGUCCUAGGAAAGAUUGAAGCAAGGUUAUCCACUUUCUUUUGAUCUAUAGGUGGUGAAUUGAUUGCCCUUGAAGGUCUCAAUUCAUUCUCGUCGUCAUCACUACAAACAGUACUAAGACCGGCAGCUGAUGUAGUGUUCUGGGAGAUUGCAGAGACAUCCCCAAAGCCACUAAAAGCAUGUAACCCACUAGGUCCAGCCUCUGCACUGGUCGAAGGCAAACAGUACUAAGAUUAGAUUCGGGAGUCGCCGUCUUCGAUUUUUUUGAUCCAAAUCUUAAGGGAUGACCUGGCAAGGGUCGCUUUGACUUGGAAUUUUGAUUCUUAGGCAAAGGUUGAACACUCCCACUAUCGGACAAGUUCCGCGCAGCAAAAGAUGCUGAUUCGCGGAUUAAGUUGCGUGUUCUGUUAACAAGUGUCUGAGUUCCUUGAGAAUUGUUUAGUUCCUCACGAAUGCAAGCGCGAACCUCGUUGCGAAUGGACUCUCUAUCGGGCACUCCCGCCAUUUUGAGUUCACUCGCAAAUCAUAUCUCCCAGCAUACACUCGGGGCUACAUAGUCAGUAGCGCAAAGCAAAUUGGGAUUUGUUGACUUUUAACCCAUUCGCUCCUGGAGAUUUUGCCGAAAAACGCGUUUUGAAGCUAGUCGAGUGGUUUUCUGGUCAUUGUCGUGGUAUAAAGAGCUAAAACUUACCACAAACCGGUUUACAGGUUGUACACUUGGCGGCCUUCUGAUCCAGAGGCAAAAUAUCAGCUUGCGAAGUUCGGGCAUGCGCAGUCUUGACUUUUACUUCUCACUUUCUCUCCUCCCUUCUUUUUUCGCUUUUCUUGCCUCAUUUUUUUUUCUCUUGCUGGGCAUUUAGUAGGCUUCAUUUUGGUGGGAAGAGUUUUUAGAAAAGCUUUUAGGAUCUUAGGAUUAGGUGAAAGGAAAGGUAGGUGGGUAAUGGAACAAGAUUUUCAUGGAGAUUUUCAGGUCCUUGUCACGUGGUUUUUUGCUUCUUUCUCCGGUGUCCUUGACUGAAUUGUGCUCAUUCUGGUAUGGUUUGAAAGAUCUCUUCACUCUGCACAAGUUAGCGAAGAAAGUUGUCCUUGACCGUUAAAACUGAUGACGUCACAAAGGGUAGAAAGGACCUGGAUCCGCACGGGCGGUUACGGGCGGUUCAGGGGCGAAUGGGUUAAGGUGCUUGUUGAAUGUGAUCGAUAUCCAUGAAUGUGAUCAAAUUUGAAUUCUUAAAUUAUGCAGCAUUUGGCUUCCAUAGUUUGUUGAAUACAAUGCGUGACUUUGAAUGCGAUCGAGAUGCUUGUUGAACUUGAUUAAUUUUCGAUAUGUUAAAUGUGAAUGUCUGGAAUGUUCAUGUUGAAUGUGAUGUAUGAACUUGAAUAUAAUCGAGAUGCCUGUUGAAUUUGAUUAUUUGUCUUGAAUGCGAAUGUGAUCGUUGAAUGUGAUCGUUAUCCUCGAAUGUGAUCAAAUUUGAAUUUUUGAAUUUUCUACGAUUUGGCCUUCCAGACUACUCUUAGUCUAGUAAAAUUAACACUUCAGAGAAAAUUCUAAAUUAAAUAUUCUGAAAAUUAAUUCGACACUUUCAAAAGGAUCAGUAAAGUCAAUAAAGCUCUUGUUAUGUAGAGGGUGCCCGGCUUUCAAUUUCCUCAGUAGACGAGUUGAGCUUCAACGCGUUGAAAUAAUAGAGCCAGUGUUUCUGCAUAACGUCCUGCCUGUCUUAAAUUUUUACAGCGACGAAACAUUCUUGAAAGAAAUUUGAAGCAAUUGACAGUCAAAGGAAGGUUGAUGCCAUAUCCUUUUCAGAUUUAUUCCAUUUUUUUUUGCCUUGUAUAAAUUGGCCUGAGAUCUGGCGUCCGUCCCUUUGUCUUUAGGAGUCGAGAGAAAAAGGUUCCUUUUAUAAUAAGUCCUUUUUUGUAAUCAGUCCCAUGCAAUCCAUUCCAUUCGUCCAUUUUUCACGGGAUCAUUUGCGGCCGACUUUGCGGAUCACUUACAGUCGAGGAUCAUUUGUGGUCCAUUUUGGGGAUCAUUUGCGGUACUGUACAGGGCGCUUCAUCAAGGGGGCGCUUAUUUAGUUUUCCUUUCAAAUAACUGUAAUUCUAUGUUUGCUUAAUCUUUUUUAAUUAAAAUAGAAAAACAAAUUAAAGCAAACACUACAUUUAAGUCAAUACAAGGGGUGAAAUGUCUUUCGUUCAUUAAUUUUAAACAAAACACUCCAACACCGUAUUUGCUUGUAUUUCCAACUACCUGCAAUUGCUUAGCUUGUGGACUGUACUCUCUCUGGAAACGUUCCGGAAAGGCUGAUUUGAGUAGAGUUAACAACCAACAGACAUAACUACAACCGAUUCAAAUAAACCGCCUCGCUCAUUUCCACUUGGCACAGUUUUUAAAGCUGUCAGCAUGAAAGGAAAACAAAAUGCUUAGUUAAUUUUGUUGUAGAAACCUGAAUUUCAGAAAAAGAAAAGGUACCUAGAGCAUUUAGAUCACUUCAAGGCUCCGCAACAGAAACAGAUCCCAUUACUUUACCAAGCAACUCUUAUUCCAUAACUUAAUUAAAAUACACAAGGUUAAUUAUUUAGGGAUUAUUCUUCUCAACAAUACUAUAAAAAAAACUCGAGUACCAUUUAGAGACCAUUCAUUAUUUAUGCCAGCAUGGGCUGGUAAGAUCUAUCAAAAAGCACAGCAAAACGUUUUGAGCCCUUCCAAGGAAAACUAAAAAAAGCAAGACCCCUCUAAAUGUGCUUUUAAAAACUGGCUACCCCCCUUCCCCCAAGAAAAAAGAUAUGCAUGUAAGAACAAAAAUUCAAAACGCAAGCUAGAGAUUGUUUGAACUAGUCUACAUCACUAUAUCAACCUGACCCUUUUCGUCCCCAGUGAUAUACUCUGCUCUCUCUCCUGUGCUGGAUGGAACUAAAAUAAAUAGACAGGGAAUACAUCACAAACGGUUUUAGUGACGUAUUAUCCUUGAGUCUUCGGGAAUAUGCAGAAAUGGAAGAGGAACGAAUGCGAAAAAUGCCUGAAAAGUGGCCAAUGACGGUAGCCGCAAGGAUCGAUGACACGGUUAGGUUUCAAUUUUUUUUUUGUAUCAGAAAAACGAAGUGAGAGUUUGUUUUUCAUUCCAAAGUAAAGAGUAUUGGUCAAAGAUAAAACGUUGAUAAAAAACGAACCAGGCUGAGAGAACAUAAAAAAGUAUAGAUUUCCGUGAAGCUCACUUCCAGCGAAUGGCAACCCUCUACAGAAUAUAAGUAAGACAGCCGGGUAUAUUAACUGGGACACUCUAUUUCACGCUGGUAAAAUCCAGCAGAUAAAGGUAAGAAAGGAUUUAUUUCAUCUUAAACUUUCACUUAAAGGCAAGAUAAAAAGAACGAUAAAAUCCAACCAAUCAAUGUUUCUUUCAAACAAGUUUAGAAAUAGACGCAAACGUCUCUAGGGAAGAGCAAGAAGUAUUGUCUUCUAGUAAUUCUGUCGAAAUAAGUGACUGCGAGCUUGACCUUUCUGUUGAUCAUUGCAGUAGUGGGAACUCCUCAGAGACCAAGCUAACGAGAAAGACCUCUGGACGUAGUAUUGGGACUGUUUUCUUUAUCAGCUUAAAACUGCCAGUUAUGAACUGUUAGCCUUUAGGAGCCUUGCAAACCAUUUACCGUUAGUCCCGAGAGCACUGAAAGUAUUUGUUUUAAAAGAAAACAAAAAUAAAAAAUCAGGUAGCCCCCCUCUUUGUGUGCAGAUUUUUGAUGACCACCCUCUGGCUGUCCUUACAUUGACGUGGCCGACCCCCCAUUCUUGACAGCCCACCCCGUGGCAUAAAUAAUAAAUAGUCGCUUAAUCUGAAGGAACCCCGGUUGAGGCGGGUCGUUCAGCCGGCUCACUUGCACUACGAUCACAGGCAUGCCAAGCUUCAUGAAUACUUUUUAUUGGCUUUGAAGGGAACGUACAAAUUGUAGAAAUUAAUGAACUCUGCUCACUCCGACGUGGGUUUGCAGACCUUUACUUUUCUGUGUAACCUGGACUGCAGUUCAAGGACCUGGCACGUUUAUUAAGAAAACAGACAAGCCGGUUUUAAGUCGAGGGAAACUGUCAUAUCUUAUUUAUACGACAGACGCAGGGGCGUGGCCAGCCCAUAGACCGGUAGGCCCGGGCCUACAAAUUUUUGGUUUGAUCCCUCUACCGUUUGGAAUAAGUUAAUAUGUGUUGUUGAAUUGGGGUGAGCUAAAAAGCUUAAUCAAAGUGUUGGUGAGGUCAGUGCGUACUAUAUCCGCGCAGUGGUUACCGCCUUUGCGGAUUAACAAAGCAAAAGCGGUAAUAGUAAAAGUAAUUCUACUUGCAAUUAUAUAUCAGGAUGUGUAGAAAUGAAAGUCAGCCAAGCCUACAACUAGUCGAAAAGCUCACUACGCCGGUGAGACGUUUAUAUCUAAAACUACAUCGAGUAGUGAUCACCGUUUGGAUAAAAACGUCCCAUUUUGAUUAUACACUCUUUUUUCAUAUAAGAAUGUUGUUUUUUGCGGGCCAGGCUGAAUAUUCUUAUUUUUCUGCCGAUUUUAGCCUGAAAAUAUCCUUGGAUUAUUCUUGAAUUGUAAUUGAAAAAGAAAGAAUUUAUCAUAUCCUUUUUUGCAGUUUGUUCAUUUUUUUAUUGUUAUUACUAUUAUUUUUUUCGCUGUAAACUAUAGAUAUGUAUUUCAUGUACCGUUCAUCGAACUGUCAUUAACACUGAACAUUUGGCUAUAUAAUCAAUGUAGGUUUCUUCGUUUUGUUGGGUAGCUUUGCGAUGGGACAGCCUCCUCCUCAGGCGCUUCGUUUUUCGCAUGGUAGAGGCGAGCGCUAAACGCGAGUGACUGGUGAUGAACCGCAUGGGACCAUGGGAAGGGUACAGACGGCAGGCGAAGCGCCUGUCAGAUCUUAUGUCGUUUUCUUGGCAAAAAAGGCGUUCUUUUGGCAUGGCCGAAUUUUUGGUCUUUUAAGUCUUGGAAGCGAUCAAUUUUAGUACCAUAUUGUUGUGCACAUUGUAAACUUUAAGUAGACAGGUGAGUGGUUCAAAACCUGAGGUAGAAAUGGCUGCAAAAGAGUCGGAUUCUCACAUGUACCACAGGCGGGCCAGACGUAGUGUGUGUCAAUAUAAUAAUAAUUUUGACUCCACCACACAACAUCAACAGACAAAACGUAAUGGCAAAUAAGUUUAUUUUGGGACGGCUUGGCGAAAACCAACCCUACAAAGUACGUAGGACGGCUUGGCGAAAACCAACCCUACAAAGUAUUUAUGUAAAUACAAUAAUAGGUGAAUACUGGUGAAUACCUAAUGUACAACACUUGUAAACUAGCUUUCACAAAAAGACAAAACUCGUGCGACAAAUGGUCGCUCUUGACCUGAAUCUCCCAUUUAAGCAGGCAGGCUUAGUGCCAGGUAGGCUGCCAGUCAUUCUGGGGAAACUAAUUCAUAAAACUCAGACAACGCAUAACUGGCACACGGAACACGGUAGUAGCACAGAGGCUAAACAAAAAGAAAAAACUCCUCACAACUGGUCGAUCUCGACCUGAAUCCCCCAAAUAAGCACACAGGCUUAGUGCCAGUUAGGCUGCCAGUUAGGCUGGGGAAACUAAUUAAUAAAACUCAGACAACGCAUAACUGGCACGAGGAACACGGUAGGAGCACAGAGGCUAAGCAAAAAGAAAAAAACUGCUACAACUGGUCGAUCUCGACCUGAAUCCCCAAAUAAGCACACAGGCUUAGUGCCAGUUAGGCUGCCAGUUAGGCUGGAGAAACUAAUUAAUAAAACUCAGACAACGCAUAACUGGCACGAGGAACACGGUAGGAGCACAGAGGCUAAGCAAAAAGAAAAAACUGCUACAACUGGUCGAUCUCGACCUGAAUCCCCCAAAUAAGCACACAGGCUUAGUGCCAGUUAGGCUGCCAAUUAGACUGGAGAAACUAAUUAAUAAAACUCAGGCAACGCAUAACUGGCACGAGGAACACGGUAGGAGCACAGAGGCUAAGCAAAAAGAAAAAACUGCUACAACUGGUCGAUCUCGACCUGAAUCCCCCAAAUAAGCACGCAGGCUUAGUGCCAGUUAGGCCGGGGAAAUUUAAUAAAACUGUGAUCAACGUAUAACUGGGACCGGGAACACUUCAGAAGCACAGAGGCUGAGUGCCAGGAAAACUGGGAAUUAUCUCCACUAAUGUACCCAACAAGGCACGUAGCCCAAUAACCAGUAAGACUGCCAUAAAAGGCUAGGGCGGGACAUAGAGGGUAAACAAUGAAUAACGACCCUGGCUAGAGGUCUGUAACAUUGCCUGCAACCUAACUGCGUCAAACGAGACCUAAAGAGCGGUUCCGGGACAGCUGACCUAAGCAUACAUGGAAACUAAAUGUAUCAAGUAAAGGAGCAGGUGCAAAACUGAGAUAACUAGAGUACAAGUACAUAAAAUAAGAAACGGGAAAAAGGCUGAAAACUAGCAGAGCUGAGCUACCGCUUACAAACUGAAGUAAAUGCGGUCAGACGGAGGCCAGAAAAAACCUGCCCAAAAAAACCCCGAAGGAAAAAAAUGCGGGCAGGAAAUCUGGGUAGGAACCAAGGCUCAAUCUCAAAGCCCUUCCUACGGGACUUUACAAUGUAAUCGAGAAUAUGUUGCUCCUAAAAAUAAAUAAAACAAAAAUUUAAGAAAAACCAAGGAGAGGUUGGUUCGUAAGCCUAGAUGACGAACACGUGAUAUACGCAGCCUUAUAUACCCCCGAUAUGGCUACCCAUGGUGCACCCGGCCUAGUACCCAGGCCCUGUUGUAUCUCGUGCCGUCAAAAUAUUUAUUUCUGCCUUCUUCGCGGGCUCAUUCGUCAGAAAUAACAUAUUUUGACUCCACUACACAACAUCAAUAGACAAAACGUAAUGGCAAAUAAGUUUAUUUUGGGACGGCUUGGCGAAAACCAACCCUACAAAGUACGUAGAGUGACAAAGUAUUGGGCGAAAUGACAAAUGAAAGCUCCUAGAGCCCAAGAAACUUGGAAACUGAAAGCCUUUUUUCUAGGUCAUCAUCGGUAGGCGUCCUUGGCUAGAACGGACUUUCAGCGGCCGAGCCACUGAAACACACUGUCACAAACCCCAUUAUAAGCAGCGAAGGUGGCCCCUCACGAACGCAAGGAAUAUAAACCAAAAGUGGAAGAGUCAACCCCGACAAUUCUCAGGUCCUUGCGAAAAGCCUCUCUAAUUGUGGUAUAGCUGAUAGGCUCGUUCUGGGAAACUAACUAAAAAGAGUUGUUCCCGCGAAACAUGGGGCAAAAAUGAGAUCCCCGGAGCUAAAGGGGAUGGAAAAAAGAGCAAGGUACCUCUUUAGAAACUUGACAGGACAAGCAGGGCCAAACAUUUCCGAAAAAAUCACUUCGAGUCAUCGUCCUUACAAAGUUGGUCGUUCUUGCUUUUGAGAACCUUAAUGAUCAUGAAACCCUCAUGAAAGAAAAUAUAAUACCCCCUAAUUAUGGAGACCUCAUCAAACCUAAAAUCGUUUUGAAAACACACCUAGCCCCUUCAAUAAUCGAGUUAUCCCUGGGAGAGGGGAUGCCCGCCAUGGUAUGAACCCAUUUAAUACCAUAAACAUCCGAGUCUACGACGCACGGGGAGUGCGACUCUUCAAUGAGGUGUUGCAAAUACAAGGCAACAUGGCAGGGACUGGCAGGACAGGCCCAGGAAUGAAGCUUACUGGCAGCAAAACAUUUUUACUUGCGAGAAGCACGAAGGUACACCACUGCGGUACUAACUGCCUUUGAGGAGAGAACCGUCGAUUGCAUUGUAGACUGUCUGUAAGCCUCAGGGCUCAACCCUCUGGUGGGAAAUUCUGGGGCCGGCGCUAGAAACCAGAGCGGAAUAUAUCUGAAAAGUAAUCGAAAAUACAAAAGAAAAUGUGAGGAUCGCGCAAUAAAAAAGAAAAAACACCGGAAAAGGGAAGUGGGGGGUCAAAAGGCUACAUGCAAAAACCUAAUGGGUCCAAACCUAAAGGUACGCAUAACACGCGUGUAGAGGCACAGGCAACACUUUCGGUCAGGCGGCGUAGAGCAGAAGCCCGCCAGGGACGGCCUGGUUCUGAAAAGGGAAUUACGGACCUUCCCUGGAACAAAUAAUCCCUGGAACUUAAGCAAUAAAACCCAGUCCACAACAAAACUAUUCCAAUGCACUCCAUCUCUAGUAGAAACAUUUCAGAAAAUAGCUGACUUCCAUACGUGAGGAAUAAGGGCUCCCGUGAGCGCGCAGAGCCCAAUGUGUCUGAUAUACAUGACUCUGACAAUGAGGCAAACAGGUGGGCCAAGCCAGUUGUUGUCCUAUCCCCAAUUUUGAGCGAAGGCAUAAACAGCCUAACAGCCUGGCUGAAAAAAUAGAGAGUUAAGCCAAGGCAACUCGCCGUUGUAACUACAGGCGAACCUGACAAUAAUGUAAGGACCUAAGAGGUGAUUUAGCCCUAGCAAAACAAAAUCGUUGAGGCCGUAACCAUCGAAGUCAACGAGCUUGCAGAUACAGACCGCACUAGCGUUCAGGUCCCUAGGGAUCCACUUGACCUCGAACAAAAUACAAUGAUGGGAGCAAAUUUGAAAAGCAACUAGGGCUAAAUUCUUUGAGAUCGCAUUUCCUGCUGCCGUCGCGGAGAAUGGAUUCGACGUUCUGGUUGUCAGAAUACCAAAAAACCUUGGAAUUAAAUGAAGGGCUCGCGAAGGCUAGUAAGGCAAGACAAACCGCUUUGAGCUCUCUUCAAGUCGAUCUACGAACACUUUCCGACCAAUUCUGAUAAAAAAUCAACUCAGGUUCAGACUCCACUUAAACGCCGCAGGCUGAAUCGGAAGCAUCGGAGAAGCCGGAGCUUACUCUCACUGGAAGCGAACUGGAACCCCUCGAUAAAUUUUGCCGUAGAGAGGCUAACAUAAUUCGACCAAAAUUCAAUUUCAUACAAAGAAUCAACGGACAGGAAAACCUAUCUAUCCCAGGAAACAGCUGAGUAAACAACUGAGAAAAGAAAUCGGGCCAUAAUGCACGCGACGGAUCCCACGCUACUCGAGAGGGAAAUACUAUGGGCGGCUACACACGGGACGCGUAGAACGUGGACUGUGGUGGACGACUAAUAUGAAGACAAAGCCGCCAGGUCGCGAGACAAUUUAGCAAUGCGUUCAUCCGUGGCUCUAAUACUUCCAUCCAGAGUGUUAUGUUGAGACGAACGCGAAGCCACUAGAAAAUUCGAACGGGCUCCCACAGGGACUUUUCCUCAUAAGAAUUCGAACAAAGCGAGACUAAAGCAAAUCGGCAUGGACAGCCCGCAAACUGUAAAUUAAGGCCUGAACGCGAUAGGCUCCUCCUCCUAUAGCUAGACCAUAGUCAAGAAAAAUGGCAAUAGGGAUACCUUGGCUUCUUCUAGAUUUCUGAAGCGGUUUGAGGGAGGCUGACAAGAACCCAAAGGGAAGCGCGCAAAGUAGAAAAUACCUAAAAACUCAGGUGCCGAGAUCCCAGGUGAACGCAAGGAAAUACUGGUGAUCAGGGAAAAUUACGAUAACCGCACUAGAGGUAAAAUAUGAAUAAAUAAAAACCCAUAUCAAAAAUACAAGUGGCCAUGGACAAGUCUUCGCACUUGAAUUUCUGUUUGAAGAAAAAAGUGCAAACGUGCCUAAAACCCAGGAUAAACCUUUGUUAGCCGGAGCGGCGCGUCAAACAGAAAGCGGGUAAAUGAUAUUGGAAUGCAAAAAUUUUUAAAAGGAGGUUGAGGCUGGGAAGCUCAUUAACAGCUACGGACAAAAAGAACUGUAAACACGUGCAGAGGCAUUGUAGGAUUUGGAAAAAACAUAAAAAGCUGGAAGAAGGGAAUUUGUAACUAAGACUAAAAACAUUCAAAAUGAACAGAGAAACUAGCAAAGUAUGCCAGAAAUAGAUAACUGUGAAAAAUCUUCCCCAAAUUGAAGGCAGAAUAGAAAUAUCAACGGUACACUCAGAGCUCUAAACCGCGGCUAAAACUAGCGGGGUGAACGUCAGAAGAAACUGGUAUAAUAUCGAGACAAUCCUGAUCCAUAUUACGGCUUGCCGCCUAAAAAAUUCAGUACUAAAUUAGAAUAGACUGCACCUGAUUGUUGUCCUUCAUCUAGCCAUUUGGGAGUUUGGGAUGUUUGGCUUGUCCAUCGUCGGGUAACAGGAACGCUUUCCACGGGCAAAACAGGUCCCGACACUGGGUCGUCGAGAAGGCGAAAAUUAAAACAGGAACGUUUGACAUGAGGCUGGGGUUGCAUAUGUGAAGUUGAGGUGGACGCCGGCGUUUCCACUGGCGAGGAUCUGUUUUUGAGUGGUCUUUUUCUUCUUACGGGCCUAGUACGCUACACGGCCGCAAAAUUCUGCACUGUGGAUCCUUUAAAACUGGUUUUCGUUGGCCUUCUUCUUGAACUUACGUGGUUCGUUAUACUUUAGUUUCUUAAUUUCCUUCAUCUGCUGCUCGGCCAAAUAUUCAUUAGCGCGCUUGAUUUGACCAACGGUUUCUGUUAACAAAACUUUAAACGAGUCCAUAAACUGUUUGUUAUUCUCCUCAAUGAGAUCGGACACUUCGUCUUUGCUGACGGAUAUAACGCAAGAAAGAGCCGAUAAAAACGUUAAGAAAAACCAAGGAGAGGUUGGUUCGUAAGCCUAGAUGACGAACACGUGAUAUACGCAGCCUUAUAUACCCCCGAUAUGGCUACCCAUGGUGCACCCGGCCUAGUACCCAGGCCCUGUUGUAUCUCGUGCCGUCAAAAUAUUUAUUUCUGCCUUCUUCGCGGGCUCAUUCGUCAGAAAUAACAUUUCACAUGGACAAAAUGGGAUGAUUCGUCGAAACUCCCAUGAACUAAAAUAGUCCGAAAGUCAAAAUAUAACAAAACAAAGCUAAAAUACCUUUAACUGAACGUCUCCUUGUCUUUCCUGGCCGGUUAAAGCGGCAUUUUGAUGAGUUUUGCAACCGUAGGUACUAUUCACUAAAUAAGAAUUAAACGCUGGCUACAAAACAAACGGACCAUCUCCACGCGCCUUCACGCGAAACGCUAUAAAUUGGAGAAUAAUCGACGAAUCCGCUCCAAAUUGCCAUCGGCUAAUCUGCAGGUAACGUAUGCUCCGGCUUCUUGGUCGCUGGCUCCACAAAACCCAUCGCAACUGCACAAUAAUCGCUCGCUCAUCAACAAACACUGUUGACCUUUACGCUUCGAUAUGACUGCAAACUGCCAGGAUUAAUACGCGACGUGAAUAUUCAAGCUUAGCGACCGCGUCCGCGCGACAAUGAAUCACUUGCCAUGGGAGGGAUGGUACUAUUGCUUCUAGGUCAAUCGAUAGGGAAAAUAAUAUUGAAGCCCUUGUAAUUUUCAAAAAGAUCCCGUUUGCCCUAGGGUCACCGAACAGAUACGAAUUUUACAGCGAGGCUAAAAAAAACGAGCGGCAGUGGAAAAAGUGAACACCACGUUUCCUCUAUAAAACGUGAAAACCUGGAACUUUCUGGACGUUUUACGUUGUAGUCAUGCAAAUCAGCGGCAAGGAAAUGACAAAAAAGUGUGCUGCAAUAAGGCCUAUUGUUGUUUUUCACAGUUCUGGUCAAGGGCAGCCAACGACUCUUUUCUGUAAAAUAUCUGUUCGGAGAAGCAAAUUUUGCCUAGAAUUUUCUUUCACCUGGUUAAAAAUUUCUAGAUCCAUGACCAUUCCAUUCAUGUACAACUUUCGAAGCUCAAUUUUUCACAUUUCAGUCCCUGAGUUAGGCUAUUUUUCGUGGAUAAGAAAUCCCAAAAUUUUCGAAUUCAAAAAUGUAAUGAAAGAAGGAAUCUGAAAAAUUAUCUCCUUUGUAAUACGUUAAAUUGCAUCUAAAACUUUCGGAAAAAUAAUUCUGAAUUUCUCGUAAUUUCGAAAAGACUCAAGUUCCCCUAGGAUGGCCGAAAACUGAGCUAUAAAUUUUAUAGCGCCGCUUAGAAUGCACUUCUAUAGAGCUAAAAGUACUUUAUGAAUAGCUAAAAAAGUGUUUUCAAUGUAUUUGAGGAAACCGUUGUUGGGUGCCCCUGUCUCGUUGCCAUAUCAGCUUAGCAUUACACGAUUUUAUAUUUAGCAUGAGCAAACUAUAAAUAUUAUCGAGAGCUUCGCUUUUAGCCCACCUGACUAAAUCUGUGUGUAAGCGCCGCUUAGAAUGUAUUUUUAGAGAUCUUAAGUACUAUGGACAGCCUUAAAAGUGUUUUCAAUGCAUUUAGGGGGAAAUCGUUGCUGGGAGUCCCUUAGUUUUGAAAAUAAUAAUAAUAAUAAUAAAAGAUAUCCCACACAUAAAUUUUACUUUACCGUAUCUUCAGCUGUAUCUUCUAUUCAGGUGCAUAGCCGAGGCCAGAUUUUGCCUUUUUCCUAUGAGGAAAAUCCUCGUCCUCCCUCACCAGUUUGGACAACAUAUUGUGGAGUAAGACGUAGUUCUGAAAAGAACUGUUUAUUUAAUUAAUCCAAGCAAAUAGGUCCAGUAGAGUCAAGAACCUAUGCAAGUGGCUGGACGAACAAAAUGACAGCAGCUGUGACAGCGAACGUUAGAAGAAUUCGAACUUGAAAACCAGGGCCGCCCUGCUGAAAACGUACGGACGGACGCGCGGUCGCCUAUCGUUUUCUGGUGAAAAUUAAUGCAGCGGACCCUCCCUCAGUGUCGAUUGACCUAGAAGCAGUAGUACCAUCCCUCCCAUAGCAAGUGGUGCAUUCUCGCGCGGACGCGGUCACUAAGCUUGAAUAUUCAGGUUAUUCUUUCAUGUUACGCUUACGCGAAAUAGACCCACUGUUUCAUAUAAUAGUCAUAGACUGUCCAUACUCAUGUAUACCCUGGGUGCUUAUUACCAUUUGACAGAAAAUUUCGGAAACUCCGGAUGGAAGGUAAAUGGUAAGGUCACCUUUCGGAAAUUCGAACCGAAAAUUGAGGAGUUCGUUUUGAGGUAGUCCGUUCAUUCCAGUUGGUACGAACGAAACGGAAUUUUGUGUACCAUUAACCAGUUUCUAGGUUCCUUCUCGGCUCCAGACUCACGCUACUCAAAUUCCUCUCCCCUCUUUUUUGGAUUCAAACCGUAACGGAUGUGGCAAUUCUGCAGUAAACUGGUCAAUCGCCUACCAUUAUGCUUUCGACACCCCAGCCGGAUACUUCUGUCAAAUGGUAAGCACCCCCUGUAUACCCUGUAAAGAAUAACCAAUAUUCACGUUGCGCAUUAAUCCUGGCAGUUUGCGGUCAUAUCGAAGCGUAAAGGUCGACAGUGUUCGUUGAUGAGCGAGCGAUUAUUGUGCAGUUGCGAUGGGUUUUGUGGAGCCAGCGACCAAGAAGCCGGAGCACACGUUACCUGCAGAUUAGCCGAUGGCAAUUUGGAGCGGAUUCGUCGAUUAUUCUCCAAUUUAUAGCGCUUCGCGUGAAGGUGCGUGGAGAUGCCGUCAGUAUAAAAGAUGGACUGCGGACUGCGGAUUGCGGACUACGGUCUGCGGACUGGGUAUAAAAUAUGGACUAGGUAUAAAACGCGGACUGGAAAAUACGGACAAGGUAUAAAACGCGGACUGGAAAACACUAACAAGGUAUAAAACGCAGACUGCGGACUAGGUUUAAAAUACGGACUACGGACUACUUUGGUACUGAGACGGUGCUGAGACGGUAAGGAAAAUUCUAGGUAAGGAAAAAUAAGAUCAAAAAAUCGCUAAAUAGCAAGACACGUGAGUUAAAGUUGUGAAUACUCCUAUAAAUUCUUGGUGGAGGUGUGCUGCCCGGUUCUCUGAAUCAUGAGCCAGAUCAAAAUGCUAUUUUCUUCACCCAUUUUUAGACCUUGUCUCGAUCUCUAACAAUCACCAAAGGGGUCAGGAUCAGGGGGUACUCCCUUAUAUAAGGGAAGGGUAGGUGUUUUGGACCUUUUUGGUCUGAAAACACUUUGCCCAUUUUGGUCUGGAAUCGGGUAUGGUUUUCGAGGGAACAACGGGAGCGUCCUUCUCCGUGGGAAGAAUGGACUACGUGAACAGCCAAGGGAAUGUUAAAGCUGGGACUACUGUUUUUGCUAGUCCGCUUUCCAUUUCUCUCAGUUUUACCUUUCAAAAGCUGUUUUUAUAUACAUAGUCGGUAGUCCGCGUUUUAUACCUGGUUCGUGUUUUAUACUCAGUCCGGAGUCCUCAUUUUAUACCUAGUCCGUAUUUUAUACCCAGUCCGCAGUCCAUAUUUUAUACUGACCGCGUGGAGAUGGUCCGUUUGUUUUGUAGCCAGCCUUCAAUUCUUAUUUAGUGGAUAGUACCUACGAUUGCAAAACUCAACAAAAUUCCACCUUAACCGGCCAGGAAGAAGAAGGAGACGUUCAGUUAAAGUUAAAGGUAUAUUGUUUUGUUUUGUUAUAUUUUGACUUUUGGACUAUUUUAGUUCAUGGGAGUUUCGACGACUCAUCCCAUUUUGUCCAUGUGAUAUUGAUAUAUUAACACACACUACGUCUGGGCCGCCUCUACAUGUCCGAACCGAAGAUCUUGCCAAGGUCUUCGGUUUGAUGACUUGACGGUAUCGGGUAAGUCUUAUUUUAGUAUUUAACUUGUCGUUUAUUGUAGAGUCCGGAUUAGUAAAUACAGCGCUGGCGGCUUAUGUUUCUAUUUUUCGCUGUUUGAGGCCAAAUCCGCCGAACAACGUGUAAGUAACAGGGGCACCCAACGACGGUUUCCUUCAAAAUACGUUGAAAACACUUUUUAGGCUAUCCAGAGUACUUUUAGAUCUCUAGAAAUGUAUUCUAAGCGGCGUUACCAAUUUUUUUUUUUGUCAUCCUUGGGGAAUUUCAGUCUUUUCGAAAUUACAAGGUCUUCAGUAUUUUUUUUGGAAAAUUUUAAGUGUAUUUUAACGUUUUACGAAAGUAAGAAUUUUUCUGAUUCCUCUCUCCAUCACAUUUUAGAAUCCGAAAAUUUUAGGUUUCGUUUUUCUAAUUUAUAAGAAAAAUAGUGUAACCUGGGUAGUAAAAUUUAAAAAUUAAACUUCUGAAAAUCGUAGGGAAUUUAAUAGAAAAGCUUGGAAAAUUGUACACGAAUGGAACGUUCAUCUAGAAAUUUUUAGCCGUCCUUAAGCAAAAGAAAAUUUUAGGCAAUAUUUGCUUCUCCGAACAGAUAUUUUACAGAAAACAGUCGUUGGGUGCCCAUGAAGUAACCUUGUGAAUUGAAAGAAGAGCGAGGCCUAGCUAAAAGUCAGGAGUUGAUUAUGAAGACCACAUUGUGUCCUUACAUCGAGAUUUAAGUCUGCAACGUUACUAACUAUGAAACCAGGGACCGAUGGAUAUGUUUAAGUUGGUGUUUUGACAAAAUAAAUAGAACUGCAAAACGUGUGCAAGCUUACAUUUUCCUAACUCAAGGAUUCUCGGGUGAUAAGUAAUGAACUUUAUUUUCGGAUCUGGGAAGGGCUUGAAGAGAAGGAAGGUGCCAGCAUUUAUCAAUCAAUUAUUUUGGACUACCUCAGUCAAUCUUGAUGAGGGAGACAAAAAUCUCUUGCUAUAAAGGCAGUCUUCUCCAGCUUAAGUUUUUUUGGAAUUUUUUUAAUAUUGUACAAUAAUUACUCUGAAACUCACAAAAUGGUGAACACCAGAAAUAUUUAUGGAAUGUUAUUGCGUUGCGAGAAAUAAGCCAAUGAGGAGCAAGAGAACUAAACCGCAAACAGCAACAGUAAUUAGUUUGUGGUUUGAAGGUUUGCUUGCGUAUCCUGAACUUUAUUGUGAUUCAACAUUCCUGAAAAAUUUCAGGUGUUCACGGUUUUCUGAGUUUGUCAGUAAUGCUGUGAUAUUCUUAUCCAUUUUAUCUUUUGUAGGAGAUUUGUUAUUGCUAUCGUUAGUUUUAACUUUAUUUCAUUUUAUUUAGCUAGAUGUCUUGCAUGAUGGCACCCCUAGUGCAAGACUAAAACUUUUUAAAUAAAGAUUGAAUAAAGUAAUGCUGUAUAGUUCAGUUAAAACACAUUUGUUCAAUGACCACACUACUACAUCUCAUACAAACUGCUCUGUAGUCUCAAUGUUGCUUCUAUUUAUUGGGACACACAAAUGUUAAAGAAGGGGGCUGAACAGUGUUAACCCUUUUUUUAACAGAAGUCAGUUCAAUGACAUGCCAAUUCAAUAAUCUCAGUAGCCUGUGUAAAGCAAUUUUUUCUGAGAGGAGGGGGCAACUGUACAUAUGCUAUUAUCUCAGUAUUAGUUAAAAAAAAAACACAUCAAUCCAAUUUCCAUUGUCCAAAAUCAAGGAAUUAUAGGGGCAAAAUAUUUUUUUACUCUGGGCAAGACAGAUCGAGUUUAAGUUGAAAGGGGUGCAGGUUUUCUCUUUUGGUGACCGCAGUUCAAUGACCUGACCACAUCACAGUUCAAUAAUCACAGCAGAAUUUCAUAAAACAUACUUCAAUUCAAUGUCCAGUGACACUAAUUUAAGGAAUAGGAUCAAUAGGUUUUAUUACUCUGGGUGAGGUGGAAGCAAGGGAAAGGGGUGAGGGUUUUCAAUGGCGCUGAGGUCCAUACUUAAAACAGCUGGCAUUUUUCAUUGCUUGACACUGUUAAUAGACCUGAUAUUAGCCUUUCUUUUUACUAAAACUGUAGCGUUUUCAAUACUACUGCAUAUUCUUCCAGUUUGUCCAGGGGCCCGUUUUUAUUGUUCCUUUCAUUUGAUGCUUGUAUCUCGGUUAUAAUUUUGUAGUUAAAAUUUCUAGGAAGAGGGUUGGGGGUUAGUGGUUCUGCAGAACCAUCUAUACUUAUUUUACCGUCCAUGCAUUUGGCAAUUAUGUGCUCAUUGAUAAUUAUUAUAUGACCUUGUAUGCCUCUGCAACUCCAUAGUAGGUCAAAAACUACCCCUUCAGAAGACUUUUGAAGGGAAUUUUAUGCUACCACAGGUUUGCAAAGAAAGGGACCAUGUAUAAGCAAUCACAGGUGUAACAACAAUGGUGAAUCUGGGUCGAUCCCAAGAACUUCAUAAUACACAGUCUUUCCACCACCAGUUAGCAUUAGGACAAUGCAAUCAUUAUUCUCUAAAAUGAAAUUUGAAACAUCCAAACACAAUUAUUUUUUUAAAAAAGUGUCUAGGGCCACAUCUUCUGUCUGGUUAAGUGGUAGUUACGAUGGUAUCUGAUCAACUACAUAAGCCCCCUCCAUCGGGGUAACAAAAUUGUCUGUCAACUUAAAAGCAAAGUUACCAAUAAUUUAUUUACUAAGACACAAAUGAUGUGUUCUAAGAGAGCAUGGUAAAACCCAAUUGGUCUACUGUAUAAUAUCACAAAAACAAAAACAAAAAAAAAAACAAUACACACAAUAAGUAUUUGCUGCACAUUCGACACAGCUUCAUCAUGAAAUGAGGUAUAUAAUUAAAAAGUAAGUAGAAUUUAUUUACACCGGACUGUGCAUUCAGUGACAAGUCUGGUAUCCGGUGAGGUAAUCGAACAAUAAAAAAAUACAAUUGAAAAAAUCUAAAGCUAGUUUGAACGCUUUUUUUACUUUACAUGAGCUUACAUUGCCCAGGAAAUGAUACAAAACAUGAUAUCCUGAGACAAACGUUUAAAAAUUAUUUUAUUAUCUAUUUAAUAACAUAACUUAGAGGUCUUGAGACUGGACUAGUUUGUUGCCUUUAAUUUCGAGUACUCAAGAUAUAGUAUGCAGCAAAUAGUACUUUAAAGCUUUACAAAAUAUCUCGCUUCAUUUGGCUGUUACAACAAUUGUCAGUCAUUUUUCAUUUCGACUGAAAAGAUCGUUUCAUCACUGGCGAUCUUUACAGAAACGAUUACUAACUGACUAAGUUAACGUUCCUGACCGGCUGUUACCUUGGUGCGCGCGGCAGUUUCAUUAAAUUAAAUCAAGGCAGUCCGUCCGCGGCUAGUAGUUCUUCGAUAACUUUUCGGUAGUAAACAUUCUGAGUCUGUUAUGAUGCUUGAGUCUUUUUGUGUGGGGUGAAAAAGUUGAAAACCGCUUUCCCUUCAUACACACGAUGUGGAUAGGCAAUGAUUUACUCUAAAUUCGCAAAAUAAACAGGGCUGAACUUAUUUUAAAAAUUGCAUAUUCGUCCGCCAUUACUCUUGCCGCCAUCGUGAAAACAAGAUCUGCCAGACGUCUAGCCUGCGCAGCAAGCGUUCCCGCGCGAGUUCGUCGAGAAAGUUGGGAAGAGAGCAAAAAAAGGAAUGACGGGGGAGGGGGAGGGGAAAGAAGGAACCACUUGCCCGCAAACCCCACGAUUUUGAAAAACUGCGUUCGCCCACGAACGCAGCUUCUGAUUGGUGUGGUGCUAGUAGUGUUGAUUGCUUAGCACUCGAAACAUCAAUCAAACCAGGUAUGCUUUGUUUACGAGCGUCACAGAUCUGGUCUCGUCUGAUUUGUGGUCGCAGAUUGCAAAUGCUUCGGACUGACAUUUAUUUCAAUCGUGUUUGUGCAAAGGUUUAUGAGAUCAUAGUCUUCAAAGUAUAUUUGGAGAUCGAGCAGUGGAGACUAGGGAAGGCCAAUUUAUUAGGUAUGACGGCGUGCGGAUCUGACUUAAAAAAAAUAAAUGUACUAUUUGUUGGAGAUAACAUCAACGUAAAUCAGAACAUCAGUACUCAACACUAGCUAAAGCCGCCAUAGACAAGCGAUUUGUUAGAUUUUUGAAAUGAAAAGAUUAUUUUUGUUUAUUGGAAAUUUAGAGGCAUGUAUUCUAGAGAACGUUUCGACACGGGCUGAAGAGCAGCCGCUCUGCAAAACUUAUAGCGGACGGAGUGAAUUGUUCCGGACAAAUCAUUGUUGACGUUUCGACAAGGUUUCACGACGAGAUAAAGCCACACAAUAACAACAACAAGAAUUUCCGCACCAACCGCUCAGAGGUUUAACCUUCUUUUGUCGUAAACCUUUUUUAUUACAGUUUUUGCAAUCGCAUGGAACGUGUUCUAUUAGAGAACAAAGUAAUUUUAGAAGUCUGGCAAUCCAGGGGUAAUCUGUUCGUUAUACUUCUAUUUUGACGAGCUGUCAAUUUACAAACGAACCGAACCGUGAAAUAUCAAGGGGCGUUUUUCAGAAUCGUGGGGUUUGCGGGCAAGCGUUUCCUCUUCUCCCCUCCCCCUCCCCCUUCCACCUUUUUUUAUCGCUUCCGCUCUAUCUUUCGCGCAAUAACUCGAUUGGAAACGCUUGCUACGCAGGCUACCAGACGUCUCGCCCGUUUUCUCCUUCCCGCCUUCCUUUGCGCGCACAUUUUCAUCGAGAGAGAGAAGUCUGGGUACCAGGCAGGCCGGUUUCCGACGCCAUCUUGACGAGCAGGCAAACGCGUGAGAAAUUACAGUAUUUGUGUGAGAAUCUAAUGUCGAAUAAUUUCCGUCGAACGGCUGUUCUGGAAAAGAAAAAAAAAGAAUUGUAAACUAAAACUUCACUCCUAAGGAUUCUACUGAAAAAAUUGAGGACGUUACAUGCGCUAGAAGACCUAGAACCACUUUUUUAAAUUUUCUAUACAUUUGUCUGUAAGAAAUUCCGGAAAAAAUUACAGACAAAUAUAUGGAAAAUCUAAAGCAAGCCUGUGGAGAAAUUUAAGUACAGGUACGCCCCUAAAUGUUUAAGUACCAUCCUUUGCUUUGUAGCUUUAGUUUACAAUUGAUAUUUUUUUCAGAAAAGCCGUUUUACGGAAAUUAUUCGACAUUAGAUUCUCACGCAUACAAACACUGUAAUUUCUCAUACGUUUGCCUACUCGUCAAAAUGGCGUCGAAAACCAUGACAAGAUCUAGAACUUGAUACGGUUAAGUUAAAAACAUAUUUUUCAGAUUUUCAUCACUCAAAAUAAUCAUCCUUUUCGAAAUCUCAGCCUCGGGUUUAUUCUUAAAAUAUUUUUAAAAUUUUGCAAAUUUCAGGCUCGGCAUUCUUAUAAAAUAUAUUUUUAUAGAAAAAAAGAGUGUAUAUCUGUAAUUCAGUUAAAACAAGGUUUUGACCAUGAAAUCAUACAUUUACUUUUAGUUUCAUGUGGUUCAGUAGCUCGUCUGUCGUAUGAAUAUAACAUGACACUGAAAAGUCGUACGUACUGUGAUCGAACUUGAUGCGUAGUGAGUUUUUUUUCGCAAAUCCAACUCGAAAUCCAUAUCGAAUCCUAACUCGAAAAUCCAACUCGAAUCCUAACUCGAAAAUCUAAUUCGAAAAACCAACUCAAAAUCUUUGCUCGGAAAUAGGUAUCCUCCUCUCCAAUGACAGAUCCAUGACAGUUCUUGAAUUCAUUGUUAUAGCUGAUUUCUUCCCAUUUACUUCAGCUGUUAUACUUUCAUUACAAUGCCACCAUACCAGCAACCAAAUAACGACGGCUCUUGUUUCUUUUCAGUACUUUGUCCAAGAGGUUGGCUUUCAAGUUUUCAUGGCGGAUGUUUCAAAGUCCAUUCCAAUCCCCUGGACUGGAACUCAGCAAAAUCCGCGUGUGAAGCACUAGGAUCAAGCCUCGCCUUACCGAAUUCGAAAGCUAAUUCACGAGAAUUUCUUCAGUUGUUCAACGGUGCAGGUGCAAGCAACGAAUUGUGGAUUGGUUUAUACAGGGAUCCCAAAAACGAGCGACGAUGGCUAUGGGUCGAUGGCUCAACCGCUUAUUUCACUUUCUGGCAUGCUGGAGAACCAAACAAUGCUGGUAACGAGGAUUGUGUGGAAUUUAGAAUGAUGUCAGGGAAAUGGAAAUGGAAUGAUAAAGCAUGUGGUUACCAUCGUCCUUACAUUUGUGAAAUCAAUGGUAAGUACAACAUCCUUCAUGAACAUAUAUACAAUUGAUGGUUUGAAACUGGUUUUAAGCCCAGGGGGUGCUCAACAAAUGUUUAUACGGAGAGGCUCCGUCCCCGAGUUUUCACGAAAAAGUUACCCCUUUCGUAUACUUUCUAUUGACAAAUCGUACAUCUUUACAUCUGUUUAGAACUUUGCAUCCCUUUUAACUGCUGUAAAUGCACCGUCUGUUAAAUAGGAAUCAAUCACAAAAAUAGAACGUUUACUCCACUUGUCAAAGCCAUAAAAUUCAUCUGUUAGCCCCUGUGGGACCUUUUACAGACUCAAAUGACAGAUUUCCCCACCCUUUGAUAUACUUCUACGAGUAAAAUCCCUACCCUUUUGUAUAGCUGAAGCCUGAAAAAGGUACCCCUUACGGGUGGAGCCUCCCCGUAUAGGCUAUCAUAGGGAGUAUCCCCCCCGGGGUCUUAAGACAAGACAUAGGGCUUCAGGUCGCCCAUAUUUACUCUGGCCUGGGAUGUUCUGGUUGCUGCGGUAGGUGAUAUUAUUACCAUGUAGGGUUGAGAUACAGAGUGGAAUACAACAUCACCGCGCUUUAAUUGUAAUACGUUUAUAAAAGGAAGGAGGGUGUGCACUGUGGCAAUUUGUAAUAAUCAUCGCGCUUUGUAAUACCUUUAACAAAUAGAUUCCGUGUUGCCAAGCAUCUGUUCAAUAAUAGAUCACAGUGGUAAAAACAGCAAAGUGGCACAUGCGCCAGACUCAGACGAAUAAAUCACUGAUGUUUUUACCACAUUUUGACGCAUUCUUUGAUCUCAGUAUUACCGAACAGACCCAUUGCAACAUGGAAUCUGUUUGUUUUAUACAAUGAUCAGAAAAGAAAAAACGACAAACUAAUGCCUCGUACCGCUUGACUGUUCGAGGAUUUGUGGAUGUGUCAGCUUAAGCAUUUUCGUAGUCACAAACGGUUCUUUUAGUCUAUGCUUCCUAUUUUCCGAUGCCCUCGGUUUUCACAUGACGUCACCAAAAUUCAAACUAAGAAACUAUCGAUUCUUCUGAGUUUCUGAGUUUCAUGAGGUAUUACAGCACCUAAACACCUUUAUUUAAACAGAGUUUUGGUUCGAAAGGGUUCUUCGUUUUGCGAUAGAGGACGUUUGAAUUUCUAGGCUUUUGCGUGACGCGGCAUUUAGCUGGCGGCCACAACGGCUCUUAUGUGGGUUAAAAACAUUACCAAUUUUGGGAGAUUUUGCUGUCUAAACAUUCUUUGUCUCAGAAUAAAUAUCACUUUAAUAGUUUAUGAGUUUUUCAAGCGAUGAAUUAACGCAUUAGUAGGAAAAAUCAAAAACAGAUGUUUCUGUUGGUUUCCGGCGGCCAUAUUUGUGCCCCGCAAAGGGACACAAACAUGGCGUCGCCAUACAAAGCUUUGUAAAUUUGGGUAAAACGUUUUUCCUAAUAUCUCGCAUAUGAAAUAUCGCACAGACCUGAUUCUUGGCGAGGCCUUUUGCUUAUUUAUCUUCUUUUAUUUCCUAGAUUCGGGACUUUCUGUAUUGAAUGGUUUGCAAUUUUAUUUUUGAUUGCGUGACAGUGAAAACCGAGAAUAAUGUCACCACUAUAUAGUUUAUCCCAAAAGUCUGUCAAGGCCUCCACUUGCUCAAAGCAGAAUAAUCGCGCAGGCAUUUUGAAACUGCGAGUCUGUCGCAGCAAUGCCACACGAUGGCAACUGUUGUGAAGAUUUCUUCCAGUUUAGGCAUGUUCAAGUCGUCAAGAACUGUUUUUGUCUCGGUUUGUCCGUUUUUCUAUCGGCCGUUUUUAUACUAAGGACGCAUUACAGGGACCGCGGAGCAAGCUGAAAAGUGGGAGGGCUGACAAUUGACAAUAAUUUUUUCAUAUUGAAAAUCGAAAAAAAGGAUUAAAAUCAUAGUAUUUGAUUUGUUUCUGUCGCGUGACUUUGCAUACUUUAUCCAGUAUUUGGUUUUACUUUAUCCAGUAUUUGUUGCUCUUUAUAGGUCGGCAUUAGUGAAGAUACCGAAAUUCUUCAUACGAUUUUCAUUCCGUCCAGCAAAUGUGUAUGCUAAAUUACAGGAUUGCUGACAAUAAGUAGAAUAUUAUAAGUAGAAUAAAUAUAUAACCCAUCACCAAAAAUCCAGUAACACUUAACUAAUAUUAGUCAGAAACAACUCGCACUUCCAAAAACUGAAACUUUUAACAAUAUAUUGAAAUGUUUACUGGUCAAACUCAAACUCACCAUUUUCACUGCAAGUAGUUGUCGACUUUGUGCAGAGCUUUAGUAUAGAAAAUACUACACUGAAGUGAUCUGAAAAAUUUCUAACUAUGGCCGUUCACUGUUCAAGUAAUGUAGUUCUUCUUGCCAUCGAAUAUUUCAUUGAUUCCAAAGAAAAAAGACAAAAUAUAAAACUUUUAUCAACUCAAAACAACUACUCAACUUCGUUUGGCUUGAAAAAGCUAGUAAUUUUCUCCAUUUCGUCUGAUAAAACUGAUAAAAAACUCUGCCGGAGCUGGAAGUCCAAAACACGCUGCCGAACGAAGCAAAGGGGUGGCCAAGGCAUGGCGUUUGAUCAAGGGGCAAGUCGGCCCCAGGGCACAAUUACCGCGAAAAGCACAGGAGCCCCACAAAAUGCCUGGUGUUUGAAAUUAAAGAAAAUACAGCGAAUAUAGCGGAAUAUAGACGGGAAAAAACUUGUUUCAAGUCUUUUUUUUAUUUUAAUUAUUUUUCUUUUUAGCGCAAAAAGUGGGGGCGGGGGCGCAAAAAAGUGGUGGGGCCGCGGCCCUGCCAGCUCCUCCCCCUCCGCGGUCCCUGUCAUUAUCCGUCUGAACGAACUUGGGCAAACAUUUUUGUAGUUUGUCUGUUUAUGCGUCUUUAGCAUGAAGACGGGCACAAGACGCAAGUGCGACUUUCAAGACGUAUUUCGAAGGAAAGUUCGUCCAGACGCAUAAUGCGUCGUGUGCCCGUCCGGACUUUUGACGCAUAACGAGAAGAACUACAAAUGUUUGCCCAAGUUGGUUAAGACGGAUAAUGCGUCUUCUGGUACAAAAAUUAAAAACGGCCAAUCUUUAGUUAUCACAUUCUCUUGCGAUGAGAUUCACUUUUGAGGCUCUUUUAUGACACUUAUCGUGACAUAUCGCCUCGUUGGUGUCAUCCGAUUCCCUUUUUAUUGUCGCACCAUUCAUAAAAAUUAUCGUGUCUCGUCUGCUUUGUUUGUUGCUAUUUUCCAGAGGCUAACAGAAAUCUUUAUAAGAAGCGCUAUCAAGGGUUAGCAUGCUUAUUUUGUGAUAUACAUUCACUUAAUGAGUUUACGACCACCACAGAUGAACUAGGAAUUACUGUUACCUACUGUUAAUGUUGAAAUGGAAACAGAGUGGGUUCCACUAAAAUAUGAGCAACAGAAACUCAAGAGAUGAACUUUUAUUAUAAAGGUGAUUUACUUUAGUAUGCAGAGAAACGACAUUUUUUUGGCAUCAAUUCAACUUCAUGAUGCGGCGAGACGACUUUACUUCUUUGCAGCGUAUGAAUUUCAUUAUGCAGCGAAUUGUAGCGAAACGACUGUACACCACCAAGAAACCAAACAGCUAGUGUCGAUUUCUUAUUAUUAUUAUUAUUAUUAUUAUUAUUAUUAUUAUCAUUAUUAUUAUUAUUAUUAUUUUCGCAACUGCAAAAGUUGCGUCUAUAACUGUGAUGAUCUACUUAAAUAUAAUUCUUCAUCCCGCAGUUCACAUAUAUGAUUUUCAUAUAUUUAUAACUUCAUCAUCAUCUUUUCACGAGUUUAUAACGAAUCAAUUCAAUGAUCUACUCCCAGUUGGCUUGUUAGCUCAGUGGGUAAGAGCGCUGCACCGGUCUUGCAGAGGUCAAGGGUUCGAAUCCCGUACAAGUCAGAAUUUUUUUUCAGGCUUUCUUUUCGCAACUGCAAAAGUUGCGUCUAUAACUGCGAUGAUCUACUUUCAUAUAAUUCUUUUACCCCGCAGUUCACAUAUUUUCAUUCAUUCAUAACUUCAAAGGUGAGCUAUCUUCCCUCUAAUGUGUAAUUAGGAUCCCUACAUGAAAAUUUGUUCUCGCGGUCUAUUUGCCCCUGAAUUUAUCGCCUGACAUAAUUUUUAAAAAACGUUAUUAAUAACGCUGCUCACACUACAUUUCUUUAGAGCCAUUGAUAUUGUGUUUUGGUCUAUAAAGUUAUCGCUUAGUUGAGCGGAAAAAAAAAUGACUACUGCCAACAGGAGUCGACCUUCUGGUGACUUUUCCAGAUGCUUACCACAUGGGAAACUCGUAAGAGUUAAAAACAUUAGACUGGGUUCAUUUAGGAGUCUGGUUUAUUUGAAGGCUAGAGGUCCACCUCUAAAUUUUAUGUUUUGGAAGUAUUAAGUGCGAGGAAAGGUGACAGGGGGUCCAAACCUUCCGUCUCCCGUACCUUGCAUAUCCGGCUUCCUCCCCUUUUUUCUUAGCUUCUUCCCUUUAGCUAUUUUUCGAUUGCGAAAUAUUAAGCAUGGGUUCAGUAAUUUCCAACUAUUUCUUUUGCCUCUGUUCCUUUCCUCUCCCGCCUCCCCCACCCCUUUCGCCCCUUUUCUCCCGUGUUCCAACCCUUCUAUCCUUCCCCACAAGUGUAGGCCUCCUAAAGAUAUUCGUCAAGGGAAACUGGGAAAGUGAACGGAAACUGUAGACAGUCAGUGGAUGGUGGCAUUUAUUAUAUUCAGAGAGAAUAUAGCUGGAGGGGUCAGCUCUUAAAUCUUUUUACGGUGAGAAAUCAAGUUUAUCAACUCCGUCGAUAAAACUAACUUCCCCCGCCCAUACCUCUGCAGCGCCAAAGUUCCGAGUAACCUUGCGAUAUUAAAAAAAGGUGUGUUUUUUUUCUCUCGAGGGAGCGCGAAAAUCACCUAAAAGUCGCCUCCAAAGGAAAAAAAGGGACAAGGACCGCCUUAUCACUGGUUAUUUCCGAGUUAAAACUACUCAACUAGGUCCUUAAUUUCUGAGUUGUAAGUUAGAAACUAAGAAAAAUCUUGUAGUGCCAAAGUACAGGCGCGCUUAUUUUAAAACACUUCCUAAUGACCGACCUGGAUAUUAAAUCAGCAGUGGACGAAAAAUUUCUAGAUUAACACCAAAUAUUUGCUUGAGGCAAAUAUGAUGCAAAGAAGUGAAAACUACAGUGUAGGAGGAAAUCAGGGUGAGGGUAAAUACCGCAAUUGAAUCCUAAUUUACAAGAUAGGGUUGCAAAUUCAGGGGCAAAUGCGGUAUUUACCAACUUUGUCCCUGAUUUCCUCGUAGUUUGUACUUUGCAAUAUUAUGUUCGCCCUGAGCAAGUUUGGUGUACAUCUUAUUUUAUGGGCAGUGAUGAAAUAUUUAGAAACUUGACCGGAUUUUAAAUUCAAAGAUGUAUCUCAAAUCUCAAUUUAGUGCCUAAUCUGUACGCAUAAUAAGGAAUCAGCGCAGUCAUAAACGCAAUUGAAUUAAGAAAUUACAAUCCUGACCUCAAUUCUUAUAUAAUUAAUUAUCUUUUAUAGGUUGCCCUCAUUAUUGGACUCCACACCAAUCUUCUUGCUAUAAACUAUCCUCUAAUACCCUGGAAUGGAUCGCGGCAAAAUUUGCGUGUAAAGCACUCGGAUCUAAUCUCGCAAUGUUGGAUUCACCAACUGAACAACGAGAAAUUGGUUGGGGAAACAGAACAUGGAUUGGUUUGCACCGUGACUCAAGUAACAACUCACGCUGGCAAUGGAUUGAUGGUUCGUUAGCGGUUUACCUAAACUUUGCUAACCAAUCAAACAAGUGGAAUGGUACUGAAGAUUGCGUAGAAAUGUAUCCGUCAAGGAAAUGGAAUGUCUUGAACUGUAAUACUUCUCUUCAUUAUUCUUGUGAACUAUCGUCGGGU